AGCCGCAGCCGCAUCCCGGACCCGCCGUCGGGGCUGCCAUCGCGCCCCCCCCCCCCGCUCCAGUCUCCCCCCCCGCCAUAAGGCGCUCCAGCCCGCCCAGCUUUCCUCCUCGCAGCCAUGUCCGCCGGCCAAGCUUACAACGAGGAGAAAGGCGGCUCCUCCAGCCUGGGGGAGCCCGAAUAUGGGCACGAUCCGGCCAGUGGAGGGAUCUUCUCCUCGGAUUACAAAAGGUGGGGCUGUCGGGGGCGCGCCUCCCACCCGAUCCCAGGCUGCGUGUGCGGGACUGAACCUGUUUCUCCCUCCCCUCCUUAUUUUAUUUUAUUUUUUGGGUGGGGGGAGGAAGCAACCAUAGCUGGCUUGGAUGGGUGGGGGGGGGGAGAUCAGGAUUGCUCCCUUCGUGCCAAAGGCAGGGCUUUCCCCCGGCCCCGGGUCCAUCCGCGCGCGCGCGCGCGCGCUCCCGCUUGGCGAUUCGCUUGGCCUUUGUUAUGGAUGGCCCAGAUUUCUCUCUCUCCAUCCCGGGGAUGACGCGAGAGGCGCUGAGCCAACCUGAGCGCGCCACCUGCGCCCAGGCGAGGCUGGCACCGGGCGACGUGGGCCCGGAAAGCUUCCCCUGCCCUCCAGCCUUAUAAAGAUUUUGCCAGGGAGAGGAAGAGCCGGGGCUCUUAGGGCAGCACCUGUCGGGUUGCUACCGCGGGGGCCCCCACCUGCCGCCGGCCGGCCUUCUUACUUAACCACCAGGGCGUGGCACCAGCUGUCACCUUCAAGGCUCGGGGUUGCUCCCUGCAGAGCUUAGGGAGGUGGUGAUAGAGGGAGACAAGAUUAGAAACCACUUGGGCUCCACCUGCCAUUGGGUACCCAGUGCCGUAGCAGGGGUUGCCGGCACCCCGGGUGGGCAAGUGUUAUGCUCCUGGUGGACUGGGGUGGGGUGAACGGAGCCGCCCUCCAACUGGCUCCCCGCCUGCUCCCUCCAUCCACCUGCCCACUGGACUGACCCGCCUGUUGCUGUGCCUCAGCUGCCAGGGCUCCUGCCUGUCGUGCCUGAUUGUGCCCCUCAAAAAUGUGGGCCCAGGGCCCCCUGGCCCCUCACACUACUCCUCUGGUGCCCCCUACUGUUGGCCUCCCUUUUUUCCAGGCUACCAAUCCCAGGGGGCAUUGGCAGCCUCUGGGAGGAUGAGACCUGGCUCCUUAUUCCUUGGUACGUGGAGUGUUGGAGUGAGAUUGUUCCUGUGGACAGGUGCUCUUUGCUCGUGCUCAGGGGUGCUCUUUUCUGAGGGUUUAUCAUGGCUCAUGGAUAUUGGGAGUUGUAGUCCAAGGACAUCUGGAGCAGCACAAGCAACCCGCUCUUGUUCCACAGGGUUUGUUUCUCAAGAUGUUGCAUUGAGCAGGGUGUGGAACUAAAUGAUAGGUCUGAGGUUCGUUUUCAACUCCGUGACUCUAUGAUCUGCUUCCAAGUUUCCUAACCCUUCCAGAGGUGGCCUAAAAUCUAUUGUUAGGCUGUUACAUGAGCAUGUGCAAUAAUGGCUUGUGGCAAACAUUUCAGCCAUGCUAAUAUGCUAAUGAAGACAGGAGUGCCUGGUGUGCACUGGUCCAUAGGGUUACGAAGAGUCGGACACGACUAAACGACUAAACAACAACAAUAUGCUAAUAUGCUAAUAUGCUAAUAUGCUGCAGUGCGAGUUCGAUUGGGGGGAAAAUUUCUCAGUUUAGGUCAGGGAAGGUUGGUCCCACCUACAUUUGUGCCGCAACCACACCAUAGACUUGCAGCUCUAUGACACUACUUUAAACACUUGCUGCUUUUCCCAAAGAGUCCUGGGAACUGUAGUUUGUUAAGGGUGCUUCUUAACAAAUAGGUUCCCUAUUCUGCUCAAAGAGCUACAAUUCCCAGAGUUCCCUGGGAGGAGAGUUUAACUAUUAAACCACUCUGUAGCUCAGUGUGGGAUUAGGGGGUCUCCUAACAGCUUCUGGUGCCUUCAGUAAACUAUAGUUCCCAUGGUUCCUUGGGGGAAUCUGUGACUGUUUAAAGUGGAAUCAAAGUGCUUUAAAUGUGCAGUGUGGAUGUGGCCUUGAUUUAUGGCCUUUCAUUGGCUAGGUGGGCACUGAGAGAAGCACCUAGAAGCAAGAGACUGGCUCAGGUGCAGUCAGGUGGAAUUGCUUCCCUCUGGCUGUCACCUUCCAUCAGCUCUGACUGCUGAAGUUUACGUGGCACUGCUGCACCUUAGGAGACCAGAUGCCCUUUGAAGUUAGACCUUUAUUGGACCGGCCCAAAGUAUAGCUAUGUAUAACUGACAGCUGCCUGUUCUUGAAGCUUUGUGGACGCAGACCUGAGCGGUGCCCGAGGCGUGCUGCUCAAACCCUCCCAGAAUAAAAGCAGUAACUAUAAAAUAGUUUGGCCAAUGAGAGUUGGCUGAGGAAUUUGCAUCCCACUGGACUCUCAUGAGGACUACUCACAUGACACUGGCACUACUGUAGGUUUCAGUAAGCCUGUGUGGCAGGGCCAGGCAACCUGUAGUCAGAGCUUGAGUCUUAAAGCCCCGGGUGUGUGAAAAUGCUCUGUGCAGAUGCCUGGCAAUAGUCAUCUGUUCUUCCUCUGGCAGUGUGCUGGGUGGGGAAGAUGAGAGAGAGGGUGGUAGUAGCAGAAAGCAAGAGAAAUGGGGAUGAUCCAGAGAGAAACAGGGUGGCAGAAUGAGAGCAGAGAGGGGGCCAGGACCACCUCUGACUCUGGCUUCACCCAUUCUGGGCUUCGGAUCUGCCCACCACCAGCCUGCAUGCCCCCCUCCAGUUACCCCUAAGGGAAUGUGGGCCUUCGCUGGGGAAACGCUGGCCCAUUCCCCAAUGUGCUGACUUGCCUCUACACAGCCAUUGAGUUUAACUAUCAUGUGCAUGCUGGUGCCAUGUGCUUAACUCUUGGGCUGGGCAAAAUAUUGAUAUAUUGUCCCAAACUGGUCUGAAGUCUAUUGUGAUAUCAGUUUUAUAAUUUUUGACCUGGCAAUAUAUCGCAAAUCAUGAUGUGUGUGUGUGUGUUCACUAUGCAAAAAUCACAAUGUGGGAAAACCCGUGAAUCUGGCCAAUGCUUCUCUCGAUUCCUGCAGCCCUUGCUAACUUUGCCAGCUCAAUUCUCCCCUGCCAUCUGCAAGAGGCAGCAAAUCACAAGAGCAGGCGCCGGCAAAAAUCAUGAUGCAGGAAAAGGCGUGAAGCCAGCCAGUGCCUCUACAUAGCUCCAUUCUUAUUUCAGACAUCAUGAUAUAUCAGUAUAUUGCAAUGAGAUAUCACAAUGUUGUAAACCAAAUAUUGCCCUACUUAACUCAUCAUGGAUUGGCUUUUGGCACCCAAUCAUAACUGCAGUUUGAGCACUUGGAGGUAGUGCCAGAAACUGACCUGUACUGAGUCCAGCCCAAGGGGUUGGUAUGUACACAGCUGACUCUUGUCUGUGGUGCUGCAUGGAUAAAAGCUGGCUUGUAGAGCAGCUUAAAAAAUAACAUCUGCCAUGGUUGAAAUGGGUUUUCCUUGGUUCUUAGAGCAUGAUUCUAGCAGAAGCUAAUGGAUGUUAUGGGGAGAAACUAUUAACCUGAAUCAGGCCUUCCUGGCAAAUGAGCUUGUGGGUAAUUGGGUCUCUGCUAUUCACUUGCAAUCUUUACACUCAAAGUGGUUGUCUAGUUGCUAACACUCUAGAUCAGGCGGGAGCCUUUGAACUACAACUCCCAUCAACCCCCAGCAAACCUAGCCCAGUGAGGUUCCCCAUUCCUGACAGAAGGGGUUGCAGUUUGUGCUUUUCUGGCUGAACUCGACCUGGGGUUCUUGGGAUUCUUUGAACUCAAAAGUUGCGGAAAGGUGGCAUGUUCAGGAUAUGCAUCAUUUGUGUAUUCUAAGCAUGUUGAGAUUCUUGCAUUGCAGGGGGUUGGACUAGAUGACCCUCAAGGUCCCUUCCAACUCUACAAUUCUAUAAUUCUAUGUGAUGAGCGGCACUGGGAACCCAUGUCAAGGGUUGCCACAGCUAGUACAAAGAGAUGCUGUCAGUGUUUUCCAAGACUAAGGAGAGGUACCGUAUUUUUUGCUCUAUAAGACUCACCUUUUCCCUCCUAAAAAGUAAGGGGGGAUGUGUAUGCAUCUUAUGGAGCAAAUGCAGGCUGCGCAGCUAUCCCAGAAGCCACAACAGCAAGAGGGAUCACUGCUUUCGCUGCGCAGUGAUCCCUCUUGGUGUUCUGGCUUCUGGGAUUCAGAAUGUUUUUUUCUUGUUUUCCUCCUCCAAAAACUAGGUGCAUCUUAUGGUCUGGUGCGUCUUUUAGAGCGAAAAAUACAGUAUAUUCCUAUGCUCUCAUGCAAGAUGAGCAACAGACAGGGCACUGUAAACCUAUGGUCCUUUAAAACUGGGACAGGUAACUUUUUUAUCCUGAGGGCCUCAUUUCCUUCUGGGCAACAAUCUGAGAGCCACAGACUGGUGGUGGGUAGGGCUAGAGGCAAAGUGUGGAGAGGAACAAAUGUGCAUUUUAGCUUCCUAAGGUAGACUAGUUUCCACACACACAAACCUCUUUAGACUCCAUUUGAAGAGGCAAGAUGCAUUAUCAGAGUUCAAUGACAUAUUCCAGUCAGGCAAAAGCAUGUUGGCUAUGAAGCAGGACCAGCGGGGAUUGUGGCUUGGAGGGAGUUUCAGGGGCCAGGCAGAGGGGCUUGGGGGGCUGCAUUUGGCCUCUAGGCCUGAGGUUCCCCAGCCAUGCUUUAAAUUUAUGGCAGUGCCCUAUGAUACCACGUAGGUCUUGGAAAAUGCAAGAUGCAAUAUGGAUUUUCUUCUUUAAAGCCCUAACUAGAACCACAGUAACUGAAAUAUAAAAACAGCAUGAAAUACAAUGAAAUAGAUUGCAAUGGAUUGCACAGCAACUGGGGGCAUUUGCUGCUGAUCUAUACAAACCAGGAACCCCUGGGUACACAGAAAGGCUUCAGGAAUUCACUGAAACCACAAUGUUGUUGCUACCUGCCUAAUGCCUACAAUGAACUCAGAGUGCUGAACGCUUUGACCAAAUGAGACGACAGGGAGAAGGCCACCUUUUAGGUAUCCUGACCCUAAAUUGUUGGGAGCUUUGUAAAUAAAAAACAGAACCUUAAACACGGCACAGUAGCAUAUUGACAGGCAGUGUAGUUCUUUUAACAGUUAUGCUAUAUGCUGGCAGAAAUUAGCUCCGCUCAGCAAGCAAGCUGCUGCACUCUGCAUCAGCUGCAGUUGCCAGACCAACUUUAAGAGAAGCCCCACUCAGUGUGCAUUGCAAUAAUGCAGUGUUGAGAUUGCUAAUGUCUGAAUGACUGGUUAUGUUAUCCCUGCCCCAAAAAGGUCGCAGCUGACCAUACCAGCUGAAGCCGCUAAAAGGCAAUCCUGAGUGACGGAAUGAGGACUACACCCAGACUUCAAAGCUGUGCCUUUGGAGAGAGUGCAACCCCAUCCAGAACAGGCAAAGGACCAAAUUCACUUUCCACUAGGCAUCACUGCCUGCCGCUGGAGAAAAAACACAAUCCUACACAUUACAGGAAAAACUCAAAAGGGAUGUCAACCCAGGAAUGCCGUCUGCUGCAACAGGCCACAUGAAACAUUUAAUCUCACCCUGCCAAUUAAAUUUAAGGAAGAUUGUACAUGUUAGGGACAUGGGAAGCUGCCAUAUACAGACUGAGGCCAUUGAUCCGCCUUGCUUCUCACUAUGCUGAGUGGCAACAGUUUUCCAGGGGUUCAGACAGAAAUCCUCCCCAGCCCUACAUUGAGAUGGCAGUGAUUGAACCUGAGGCUUUCUGCAUGCAAAUCUCAUGCUCAGCCUUUGAGUGAAGACUCUUCCCCUGGCUGUUGUUUAAAUCUACAAUAGGUGGAUUUAAGAGGUAGCACCUUCCUGAAGUGGGACUUCUUAUUUAGGGGAUUUGUGUUUUAGGGCUGCAAUGCUGGCAGUUGUAGCUCUGUCUCAUCCGCAACUGCUCCUGGGUGUGGGGAACCUUUGGUCCUCCAGAUGGUGCUAGACUACAGUGCCCAUGAUCCUUAGCCAUGCUGACAUGGGGAUGGGAGUUCCCCACACCUACCUUAUAUAAUAAAAAGUUGCAUCCGGGAGCAUUUGUGUGUUCGAGAUGCUCUGCUGUUGAAGCUGAUUCAGGGAAUUUUAGUGCAGAGAUGACCGAAUGAAUAGGAGGGCAUGUUGUGUCUGCUAUUAUGGAAACCCUCUUUGUAGUACUAGAGAGACUUUCUGGAAUUAUGCUGCCUGGUAAAUAUUAACAUUUGUUUUCAAACAAUCUUGAUAGACGGAAUGGUGUGUGAUCCAUAGUUGACAUCUAAAUUAGUGAUGCUUUUGCAGAAUGUAUUUGGCUUCUGGGAGCUACAGGGUGGGGCGACCAGCUCUGCAGGCUUCCUGCCACCCUUGGAACAGAGGUUGCUGGAUUCCAGCUCGCAUCAGUCCCAAUCAGUGUUAUGCUGCUGGCUGCUGCUAGACUUUGUGUGUUCCUUAUUCAAAAAUCCAGAUUCACCCCCUUGAUUGUUCUGCCUCCCAAGUUCUUGUUUCGCAGCAUUUCAUAUUAUUUCCUCGGAGCCUGCAGCUGCAAGGACAGACUAACCACUUUCAUGGUUCGGGUAAGAGCUGCUCUGGUACAUUGGACAGCUCACUGCUUCCAGAAAGCGCGCCUUGAUUUGAUUUGCCUGCUUGUUCCACAGCAGCAAAAUGACAGGAAGUUUCCUCCUUCUCCAUCCCUUCCCUUUGCAUUUCAGCGAGAAAACUGAGCUUCUGUUAUGGAAGUGGGAUCUUCUGCAACAUGGUGUGUGUCUUUGUGUGUGCGUUUUGGCCCCCCUCCACUUUAUCUGAUUAACUUUGGAGGCUGUUGCUUAAUAAUAAUAAUAAUAAUAAUAAUAAUAAUAAUAAUAAUACUUUAUUUAUACCCCGCCCAUCUGGAUGGGUUUGCCCAGCCAUUCUGGACAGCUCUCAACAGAAUAUUAAAAACAUGAUAAAACAUCAAACAUUAAAUACUUCCCUAAACAGGGCUGCCUUCAGAUGUCCUCUAAAAGUCAGAUAGUUGUUUAUUUCCUUGACAUCUGAUGGGAGGGCAUUCUACAGGGCAGGUGCCACUACCAAGAAGGCCCUCUGCCUGCUUCCCGGUAACCUCACAAUGAGGGAACCGCCAGAAGGCCCUCAGAGCUGGACCUCAGUGUCUGGGCUGAAUGAUGGGGGUGGAGAUGCUCCUUCAGGUAUAAUGGGCCAAGGCUGUUUAGGGCUUUAAAGGUCAGCACCAACACUUUGAAUUGUGCUCAGAAACGUACUGGGAGCUAAUGUAGGUCUUUCAGGACCUAUGAGCUGCAGAUUGAGACAAAAGCUUUGGAUGCUGCUGAGACUGUAAAUCAUCAACAAACAGCUAACUGCACUAAUAUCCUCCUUAGGGCACUCCCCCAGCAUGUCGUGGACUGAUAAUGUGGAGGUCUGUGCUGUUCCCUCACUAGCUAGCAGCAUUCUUGACAAGGUAACUGGAAGGGACAUCACUCAUGUGGACAUGUGUUGGGUUUUCUGUCACCAGGGCCUGGGAUGGAUAAUGCUACUAUUACAUGGAUCAUUUGUGUUGCCUCGAAAGACCAUACACUACCGCCAGAGAUGGCCAUAGUUGAAACUUGCCACAUGAUGCAGAGGUUUCAUGUAGUAAGCAACAUCAUGUGCCACAGAUCAUGCAUGAAGGAGGCAAGGAGCCAUCACAUAGUAGUGUUGGGGCGGGGGAGGUUGCAGCUUGUGCCUGCAGAUGGUAGUAAAUAUUUCAGCUCCAAGAGCAUGCAUUUGGAGUCCCUGGCAUACAGAGAAGUAUAGAGACAUCCGGCUCAGUUCAGAACAGCUAGAUGGCGGCUGGGCAAAGACCUCUGUCUGAGACCCUGGAGAGCCACUGUCAGUCAGAGCAGAUAUACAGUGGUACCUUGGGUUACAGAUGCUUCAGGUUACAAACGCUUCAGGUUACAAACUCCGCUAACCCAGAAAUAGUACCUCAGGUUAAGAACUUGGCUUCAGGAUGAGAAUAGAAAUUGCGCGGCAGCAGCGGUAGGCCCCAUUAGCUAAAGUGGUGCUUCAAGUUAAGAACAGUUUCAGGUUAAGAACGGACCUCCAGAAUGAAUUAAGUUCUUAACCUGAGGUACCACUGUAAUGGGAAAGGGUCAGAGCUUGGUGGUGGAAUCAUAGAAUUGUAGAGGUGGAAGAGACCCCUGCAGUACAGGACUCCUGCCCACGGCAGUCUCUGGUGGGCUCGAGCCACCAACCUUCUGGUUAACAGCCAGACAUGUACAUGUUCUGCAUGUGCUCAGAGGCACUUCCCUAGCCAGUGAGAAGACAGACAUGGUGCAGCUCUGGAAGGUUUAGUUUCCUUUGGAUAAGACCGCCAGGACCAUAUAACACUGGUCCUAAAGGAUCUUCACUGGCUCCCAGUACGUUUCUGAGCACAAUUCAAAGUGUUGGUGCUGACCUUUAAAGCCCUAAACGGCCUCGGUCCAGUAUACCUGAAGGAGCGUGCCCACCCCCAUCGUUCUGCCUGGACACUGAGGUCCAGCUUCAAGGGUCUUCUGCUGGUUCUAUCACUGCAAGUAGUGAAGUUACAGGGAACCAGGCAGAGGGCCUUCUUGGUAGUGGCGCCCGCCCUGUGGAACACCCUCCCUUCAGAUGUCAAGGAAAUAAACCACUAUCUGACUUUUAGAAGACAUCUGAAGGCAACCCUGUUUAGGGAAGUUUUUAAGGACUGAUGUGUUUAUUACAUUUUUAGAUCUGUUGUAAGCUGCCCAGAGUGGCAGGGGAAAUCCAGCCAGAUGGGCGAGGUAUAAAUAAUAAAAUUAUUAUUAUUAUUAGACAGAUUGAGACUUUUGAUGCCUUUCACUAGGUGGGGCUAUUCAUCCAUCUAGUCCAGGCAUAGGCAAACUUGGCUCUCCAGAUGUUUUGGGACUACAACUCCCAUCAUGCCUAGCUAACGGGACCAGUGGUCAGGGAUGAUGGGAGUUGUAGUCCAAAAACAUCUGGAGGGCUGAGUUUGCCUAUGCCUGAUCUAGUCCAACCUUGCCUGCACUCACUGGCAGCAGCUCUCCCUGAUCCCAGGCACAGCUCAUUUCCUAUGACUUGAUUCUUUACCAAGGAUUGAAGCCAAGACCUUCUGCAUGCAAGACGCAUGCUCUGUCUGGGCUGUGGGUUCCUCCCUUACCCUCUGCACUUCUAUUUAUUUUUUUUAAUUAAUAUUUAUUAAAGUUUCAGAAAGAAUAAAAUCACAUUAAGAAACACAAAAAUUUUAACAAAAACAGAGAAAAAUACCCCAUACAAAAUACAAAGUACAGAAUAGAAAAAAGAAAAAAAAGAAAAAAAAGAAAAAACAGAAAAAACAGUUAAAAAUAGUUCCGUCCUUUCAUAACCUCUUUUAAAUUUACUUGUUUCUCGGACUUCCUCAUACCUCCCUCUUUUGUAUUCCAAUUCAGUUUGUAAACCCAGCAAUUUCUUACCCUCCUUUUUAAUUCCAAUUCUUAAUCUUGAUAUAUUAUGCCAUUAGAUUUUUACCUAUUUGAACCUGUUUUUCCAUUUCUCUUAGUCUUUUUGGUCCUAAUCCUUAAUCUUGAUACAUUUAUAACUUUAAAAUCUGUUCAGCUAGAAGCCACUUAACUUCAAUCCAACAUCACUCUAACAUUCAUUGAUUUUACAGUAUUUCUGUAAAUAGUCUUUAAAUUUCUUCCAAUCUUCUUCCACCAACUCUUCUCCCUGGUCUCGGAUUCUGCCAGUCAUUUCCGCCAAUUCCAUAUAGUCCAUCAUUUUCAUCUGCCUACCCUCUGCACUUCUAAAGGGUGGCCUCAAGAUGGCAGUGUUCCCUGCCCUUUGAAUAAACGUAAAGGGACCCCUGACCAUUAGGUCCAGUCGUGCUCAUCUCGCUUUAUUGUUUGUUUGUUGUUUGUUUAUUGUUUGUUGCUUCCGGGUCAUGUGGCCAGCAUGACUAAGCCACUUCUGGCAAACCAGAGCAGCGCACGGAAACGCCGUUUACGUUCGCGCCGGAGCAGUACCUAUUUAUCUACUUGCACUCUGACGUGCUUUCGAACUGCUAGGUUGGCAGGAGCAGGGACCGAGCAACGGGAGCUCACCCCGUCGCGGGGAUUCGAACCUCCGACCUUCUGAUCAGCAAGUCCUAGGCUCUGUGGUUUAACCCACAGCGCCACCCGCGUCCCUAGCUCUAUCAGUACAUAACAUCUGAAUCUGGAGAGGCUGUGUGCAGGUCCUGGACCACUGUGGUGGGAUGGAUGAGGGAACAUAAGUUGAGCUUGAAACUUGGCAAGAUGCUUGAGGCCCUGUGGGCAAGUGGUUCCCGAGAAUUUGGUUGAUUGCUUGACCAGGUCAGGGUUACAGUCCCCCUGAAGCAGCAGGUAUGCAGUUUGGAGGUGAUUCUGGACCCACCUUGAGGCCCAGGUCGUCUCAGUGCUUCUUAUCAGCUGUGACUGGCCCAACAGCUAUGGCCUUUCCUGGACUUUGGAUAAUUUGCCCACAGUCGUUCAGGCUUUGGUAGUUUCAAGACUGGAUUACUGCAAUGCACUGUACUUGGGGCUUCCCUUGUGCUUGACCCAGAAACUGCAGACCAUGGCAGCAUAGAACACCUCGCUUGGAGGCCUGCACUGGUUACCAAUUUGUUACCAGACCAAAUCUGAACUGUUGCUGUUGGUGUAUAUAAAGCCCUUAACAGCUUGGGAUGAGUUUACUCGCAGGACAGCCUUGAUGUCUUCGAUCUGCAGAACUUGCAUUGUUAUAGGUGUCACACAUUACCUGUUCUGUAUUUUAAAGAAAUUGUUAUUUCAUUCCUGCGGCACCUAAACAUUGGAAUUUCCUGCCUACUGACAGGUGCCUCCACUGUACUCUUGCCAGCAUUAGAAUGUUUUUGCUUAGAGAAGCCUACCCAGACCUAUAAGAUGUUGAUGGGUUUUAAUUGCUUUUUAGUUUACUGCUGGUUUUAAUCGUCUUUUAAAUGUUGCAACUACUUGCUUUUCUCUGGCUUUUGGUGAUAAUUUUAAUUUAUUGUAAACAAAUGAGAGAUUUCGUUAUAAUCAAGUGGUAUAUAAAUUGUAUUAAAUAAAUAAAUAAGAGCGUAUGAGGGCCAUAGAAGAAAAGCUUGAGGUUCACCACCCUAAUCAAAAAUGUAACACAAGGGAGAUGGAGGCAUAGUUUACGCAGGGAUUACUCAUUCCAGGUUAGCUACUUCUUACCUUGCUUUAUGCUGCAAUCCUGUAUGUUCAGGGAUGGGGAGCCUGUGAGCCUCAAGAUGUUAUUGGACUUCAACUCCCAUCAGCACCAUCUGCUGUGGCCAGCAGUGAGGGAUGAUGGGAACUGUAGUCCAAUAUCUGGAGGGUCGCAGGUUUCCCACCUACUAAUCUACUUCCUAUGUCUCCCCUGGCAAUAUCUCAUGGAACGUCUUUGUUCUAAAACCAAUUAUUGUGUGUAUUAUUUUUUUUUAAAUGACUGCUGUUUUGCACGAAGUACUCUGAAGUCAGCUUUGGUCAUAUAUAGGCUUAAAGGUAAAGGUAAAGGGACCCCUGACCAUUAGGUCCAGUCGUGACCGACUCUGGGGUUGCGGCGCUCAUCUCGCUUUACUGGCCGAGGGAGCCGGCGUACAGCUUCCAGGUCAUGUGGCCAGCAUGACUAAGCCGCUUCUGGCGAACCAGAGCAGCGCAUGGAAACGCCGUUUACCUUCCCGCCAGAGUGGUACCUAUUGAUCUACUUGCACUUUGAUGUGCUUUCGAACUGCUAGGUUGGCAGGAGCAGGGACCGAGCAACGGGAGCUCACCCCGUUGUGGGGAUUCGAACCGCUGACCUUCUGAUCAGCAAGCCCUAGGCUCUGCGGUUUAACCCACAGCGCCACCCGCGUCCCAUUACACAACAUUUAAUACGAAUCCAUGCAAGAUUCCAUACAUUUGGGGUUAUACCCUUGGCCCAUCCAUCUCCACUUUCAGUAGCAGCAAUAAGAAACUUCUAAAUGUAGGAAUCCUACAUUGCUGUUGGAGAGGAAAUUCAGAGCCCAGUCCUAUGCAUGCCUAAUCAGAAGUGAAUCCUGCUGUUUUCAGUGGGACUCACUCCCUGAUUAAGUGUGCUUGGGAUUGCAGCCAUAGGUUGUAUUGAUGGAGGAGGUAGGGCUGGGGUGUGUGUGUCUAAAGCAGGAAUGGGAAACCUAUGACCCUCCAGCAGCCGCUUGGACUCCAACUCCCAUCAGCCCCAGCUGCCAUGGACAAUGUUGAAGGAUGAUGGGAGCUGGAGUCUCAGCAGCAUCUGAAGGGCUGCCGGUUCCCCAAGCCUGGUCUAAAAGCUUAUCACGUUGAACGGGGCAGAACAGCACAUGUAGAGAAAUGUAACAAUCCACCAACAAAGAGAAGUGUGAUUAGGGAAGACGCUUAUCAGCAAGUUCUGUGUUCCAUCAAAUGUAACAUCAAGAUCUUGCAAGAAUAAGUUCACACACUGUAUAGCCUUGAGGCUUACGCUUAGAGAUUGAAGGCCUGGGGGAAGAAUUUGAGUGGUUUCCCCUCCCGAUUUUUACAUCCUCAGCCCUUCACAUCUUUACUUAACAUUGGUUAUGGCUGAGUUCUUUGCUGCUCCCAAUGUUGAGUUGACGGCUCCGGUCCUAACACCGCUUACCUGGGAGUAAGCUCCAUUGUAUUCCACAGGACUCCUGAGUGGACACAGUUAGGAUUGCACUGUUAAGUAGGGGUAGGCAGAUUUGCUUCCCUGCAAAGUUUGAAUGCAUGCUGGUUUGAAACAGUGGUGAAGAUGAAUGACUGUAGUCUCUGGAGUUAAGUUUUACGGAGAGACCCUCUGUUGUUGGCAUCCAUCUGUCUAGGGAGACAAUGGAGGGGUGUGCCUUUGGGAGCAAAGUCACAUUGUCGGAAGGUUACAGCACCUUCUGUGGCUGUAGAGACUAUAUAGGAGAGACAUGUUUUGUUGCAGCUGGGGCAGAAGAUGAUGUUCGGUUGUGCCUCUCUCUGCUCUUCCCAGAGGUCAUUCCUCCUCUGGUCGCUGCUGUGGAUGCAUAAUCUGACCAUCCAUCGCCAAGCACUGCCAUUGUCAAUAAGGGAUUCUCAUACAGCAGCGUUAAUGUUGCUAGCCUUCGUGUCAUGCUUGCAGACAUCACAGAGAUGAUCUGCCAACAGGCCUGGUGUCUGAAGGCAGCUCCCCGUAGAACAUGGCCUUGUGGAUCCUGCCAUCUUCCAUUCUGUGGACAUGGCAAUGCCAGCGUGGAUGUCACCGAGACAGAAGUGCAAACAUUCUGGGAAUGUGGCCUUGGGAGAGCACAUCUUUGAGACUCUGUCCUUUGAAGGUGACCCGGAAACUACAACUAAUCCAGAAUACGACAGCUAGACUGGUGACUGGGAGCGGCUGCUGGGACCAUAUAACACUGGUCUUGAAAGACCUACACUGGCUCCCAGUACAUUUCCGAGCACAAUUCAAAGUGUUGGUGCUGACCUUGAAAGCCCUAAAUGGCCUCGGUCCAGUAUACCUGAAGGAGCGUUUCCACCUCCAUCGUUCUGCCCGGACACUGAGGUCCAGCGCCGAGGGCCUUCUGGCGGUUCCCUCGCUGCGAGAAGCCAAGUUACGGACAACCAGGCAGAGGGCCUUCUCGGUAGUGGCACCCGCCCUGUGGAAUGCCCUCACACCAGAUGUCAAAGAGAAAAACAACUACCAAACUUUUAGAAGACAUCUGAAGGCAGGGCUGUUUAGGGAAGCUUUUAAUGUUUGAUAGGUUAUUGUAUUUUAGUGUUUCGUUGGAAGCCGCCCAGAGUGGCUGGGGAAACCCAGCCAGAUGGGCGGGGUAUAAAUAAUAAAUUAUUAUUAUUAUUAUUAUUAUUAUUAUUAUUAUUAUUAUGUGCUUAGGUGUAACGUGGUAAAACAGUCUUGCUGUGUUUGGGGUGGAGGGCUCCUAAUUCUGCUGAGUGGGGCUCUGCCCCAAAGUCCUGCCCUGAUGGCUUAGAGAAAGGCAGUGGAGGGUGUUCCAUCUGGUUGAAUGCAGGACUGCCUCACCAACCUCAGCCUACCCCUAGCCAGGCCCUGCCUGCCUGCCUUCUUAAUUCCAGUGUGUGUGUGUGUGUGUGUGUGUCUGUGUGGCCUUGCCUUUAUAGAUCUCUGCAGGAAGGAGGAUAUGGGCAGGGCGGAGGGGUAGAUAACUGUUCGGAGGAUGGAUGGUCCAAGAAUGCAAUAAAUAUUCUUUUGCUUAUUUAAAAUCUUUCUCGGCAGCCUUUCAUCCAUAUACAGUGGUACCUCGGGUUACAUACGCUUCAGGUUACAGACUCCGCCAACCCAGAAAUAUUACCUCGGGUUAAGAACUUUGCUUCAGGAUGAGAACAGAAAUCGUGCUCAGGUGGCGCGGCGGCAGCGGGAGGCCCCAUUAGCUAAAGUGGUGCUUCAGGUUAAGAACAGUUUCAGGUUAAGAAUAGACCACCAGAACGAAUUAAGUACUUAACCCGAGGUACCACUGUAAUACAUAAUAUGGUAAUAAAUCAUACGGUCAGCUGCAUUGCAGCCACCUUAUUGAAAUGCAAUGCAUUUCUUUCCUCCAAGAAGCAAAAGUCGCCUCCACAUUUCAUGUUCACAACAACCCUUUGAGGUAGGUAAGGCAGAGAGAGAACGACUGGCCCAAAAUUCGCCCAGGAAGCAGUUUUGGAAAAGCAGGCAUUAGAACAAAGGUGUAGGAGUGUCGCUCCCCAUCUGUAAGAUGAGCUAGUUUAUCCAUGCCCACCCCCUUACAAAAAACAAAGACGAAACAAACGAUCCUAUUGGUCGGGUUUUUCGCCCACGGGGGUUUGUGGGCUCCUUGCUCACGACGCCUUCCCUCCCCGCGGGAGCGAGGGAUUCCCGUGGGCGUUGCCUGAUUUUUCUGCAGGCGGCCGCCAGGUGGCGCUGCUCCUGCCUUCGCCGCCGCUUCAGCGUCCCGGGCGGGCGUCUAAGAACCGGCUGCUGCUGCUGCGUCUGGUUUCAGGCGAGAAGGCGGCGGCGGGAGGGACGGGGCCGCUGGCUGGCUGGCUGGCUGGCUGUCGUCGGAGUGGUUGGGAGCUGCAAGAAGACCCGCCCCCAGCCCGGCAAGCCAGCGGCAGCGGCAGACGUGCUAACGUGGCUGGCCGAGCAGGGGGAGGCUGAGCUUUCGAGGGGGCGCACGCCAGGGGAGGGGGGUCCAUGCUUUCCCUGGCCAGCUUUCCAGCUUCAGCGACCCCCUGAGUUUCGCGACUUGGGAGCUAAGGAGCAACGGGAGUGGGGACUCCCCCCCCCCAAGCAAACCUUGGCUCCGCCGUCGAGGGUCGCCCGCUCUCCCCGCUGCUGAAAGGCGGUCCGUGCGCCCCGCGUCCCUUUCGGAGAUGCAGAAGCUGCUGCAGCAGCUGCCCGCCAGCGCGGCCAACUUGGUGAAGUCCCAGCAGACGGCGGCGGCGGCGAGCGAGGAGGCCAAAAGCCCCGUCUUGGUGCCCGACGGCGCCCAGCAGAGUUGGUACAGCACGUUGGAAGGCGAUGAAUCCAGGCAGCUCAAGGCGACCGAGCAAGACGCGGUCUCCCAGCACGAGAGCGGCCUCGACGGCAGCGUGGUGCAGCCGCUACGGUAGGGUGGGCUGCCGCCUUGGGGGGCGCGCUCCCCGCGCCUUCUCCGGCUAAACGGGCGAGGUUAUCAGUCGCCGUCGUCGUGGUGAAGGGUGCUUUAAGGGAUGCAAGGAGGCAGGCUCCUCCCCAGGAGGUUGCAAGGGGUAGGGAGCCCUUCGCAAGCCGGAGGCCGCAUUCCCACCUGAGCAACUUUCCAGGGGCCACAUGCCUAUGGGGGGGCAAGGACAGAGGCAAAAGUGGGCGGGACAAUGAAAAUAAAUUGUAUCUGUUCUGUAGGCUGGUUUGCAUGCACUUUCUCACGCCCUUCUCAAAAUCUCCAUCUGGGAAAGCAAGAGGCACUUAUCAGUGUUCAAGGACACAUUCCAGCCAGGCAAAAACACUCAAGGGGGGUGCGAAGCAAGCCAGAGAGGCAUGGGCGUAGGCAGGGGGCAGCAGCCCCCCCCCGCCAAAUCAAGUACAGUGGACUCUCGGGUUGUGAAUGUGAUCUGUGCGGGAUGCAUGUUCGCAACCUGCAGAGGUGCAUGCGCGGGUUGCAGUUUGGCGUUUCUGCACAUGCGCAGAGCACGAUCUGCACAUGUGCAACCGCUGAAACCCAGAAGUAACCCAUUCCGGUACUUCCAGGUUUCGGCAGUCUGUAACCCGGAAAAACACAACCUGAAGUGUCUGUAACCCGAGGUAUGACUGUAAAUAAAUAAAAAUACUUAACCAACUGACCAACUGCAUCACAGAUAACUCUGUACUGCCCCUCCCCAAUAUAAUGCCUGCCUCCCCUAAAAUAAAUUCUGGCUACGCCCAUGCAGAAAGGGCUGCAAGCUUAGGAGGGGGUGAGGCAUGGAGGGAGAGCUAGGUAGAAGGGUUUGGAGGGCUGCGUUUGGCUUGGUUUGCCAACUGCUUUUGGACUACAACUCCCAUCAUCCCUAGCUAGCUGAACCAGUGGUCAGGGAUGAUGGGAGUUGUAGUCCAAAAACAGCUGGAGAAACUAAUUCCUAUCUUGCUAUAUGCUGCACUUCCAUAUAUUCAGGGGCUGGAAACUUGUGGCCCUCCACAUGUAUGUCAUUAGUCUUCAACUCCCAUCAACCCCACCUGGCAUGGCCUGCAGUCAGGAAUGAUAGGAGUUGUAGUCCAACAUCAUCUGGUGGGCUAGUGGUUCCCCCUUCCCAUUGCUAACCUCUCAUUGAACUCAAUGGGACUUCAAGCAGACAUGCAAACCACCUUUUCGGUAUUCAGGUGUUUCUGCAAAGGUAUGGGCUGUUAUUCCUCCCUUCUACUCUGUGAAUGCUUAGGGGAGAGUAAUUGUCAGUGUAGUAGCUAUUUUGGGGUAGUUAGGGCAAUCCCGCCCAGUUAAAGUAAUGUUAAUCAAUUAAUUGUGUGAGCUUUGAAUGCACAAAUUAAGAUUUGUUGCUUAUAAACAGAGGUUGUCAUAAUGGGAGAUGGACAUAACAUAACAAAUGAGAUGAGGGAUAGAACAAAAUUAAACUUUUUUUUAAACAACUUUGUUAAAUUAGAGGGGUUAACCCAGAGAAUACAAUAAUUACUGAGGCCACCUUAAGCAAUUAUAGACUGAAAAGUCCAUCGUACCAGGUUUUUUGAUACUAACUAUUAACCAUGUGUAAAUAAGAUAAACAAUAUUUCUAAAGGGAGGGGGGUGUACUUUGUGGUGCUAGCACUUUUUUUUUUUUUUUUUGCUGCACCACCAUGUAUGCGUCUGAUUCAGCAGGUAGUGUGUUGCAAGAAUGGUUCUCCUAUUUAUUCACUAAUGCCUCUGAAUGCCCCUUGCUGUGUUUCACAAGUAUGGGGAGUGCUGCUGCGCUGUACUCUUGCCCUGUUUGGUGGCUUCCCACAGAUAUCUGCUUGACUACUGUGAGAGCAGUAUGCUGGGGUCUUUGGUCUGAUCCAGCAGGGUUAAUCUUUAAAUUACCUUGUGCAGGAAGGAAUGCAAGUUGUCAUGUGUCUUCUAUAGUUCUUCUUAGUACUUGGAUGAAUACUUUUUUUAAAAAAAAAUCUCUUUGGUUAAUUGAGCACACUUCUUUUAGUUGUUCAGAAUAUUUUGUAUGUAUUACAUUUAGCUAAUUCAUUGACCAAGGCUGCAAUAUGCUGACCUCACUUACCCAAAUGUAAGUCUUACUAUGAAAACUUGACUUCUGAGUAGAGGUGGUUAGGACUGCAGUCUAAAACUGUAAUUCUGAAGUUGCUUACAGGGGAGCAAAUCCCAUUUCACACUGUGAUUGACUUCUUGUUUUGUUAAAUGUGUCAUGGAACGGUCCAGUCCCUGAUUGUCUUAGCUACUUGGACUCCCCUAUCUUCUACCAGCUUGGUCGGCUCUUAUGACUGGAGAGAUGCUUUGGCAUGAUGGGUCAAGCCUCGUGGAAGCUCCCUGUGGUCAUCCAAAGCAGACACCAAAGGGAAUACUUGGAGACCGCAGGCAGUGGUGCAAUUUUAGACCAGGGUGAGGGACUGGAUCCUUAUCUCUGCCCAUCCCAGGUAGGCCGAGUUUGAAAUCAAACUUUGCAGUGCUUUGCAAGCCCAAUUGCAUCUCUAGCAAAGCCCUGGCACCAGACUUUGUAAGCACCGACAAUCGGCUUUAGACUGGACAUUGUUUGACCAGGAUGGCCUUCCAGGCCAAAUGGAGAGUCCCAAUGAGGCCCAUGGGCUGGAGGUUGCCCACUACUGUUUUAGAUCCUGGACUUAAUGGUGCUAUUGGAUGGGUGGGUAGCGCUCCUGAGAUGGCGAUGUGCAUUACAUGCUUCAAAAUGUGAGCAUGUGUUUGAAGGGUGUCCUUCUGCUCAUUCUGCAGAGUGGGCCUCUGACCUUCUGUCCCCAAGUCCUAUCCUGAUGGUACCACUGGAGGCAUAUAUAGAAAGAGAGACUUAAACGCAACUGGAAGGCUUUUGCAUAGAUGUGGCAGAAGCUGAGUCCUACUGGCUGGCCAGUGUUGUGCUUCCUCCAUGGCUGGGGAGAUAACCUGUAGCCUCCUCCUAAGGAUGCCAGCUGGCUAUGCAUGAUCUCAGCCUGGAGUUUAAUGCCUGGCAUGGACACGUUUGUGAAAUGCCUGGCAUUGAUGUUGCUGUGGCAACUGCCUCUGAGCCACGGAUUCUUUUUCAAGCUGCUGUGAAUAAAUUCCGGAGGGGGAUAAAUAUUUCACAGGCUGCUGUGGGUUUGGAUUCCUUUUGUGCAAGCGGUUUGCCAGGAUCGAGUUUCUCUCCCUGCCUCUGUUCCUUUUGUGUCUUUGCUCCUUCAGUCUCCGCUGGAGGAAGGGAGGCUUCCUCUGGGAAGCAGAGUCUGGAGGAACUCUAUGGUAUGCUAGUGAGCUGUGGCCCUAUGAGGAGUGGGGAUAUGGCUCAGCAGCCCUGUCCCAUGCAUGUGUGGACGUAGCUGGGCUUCCUUUCUCAACUUGGCUUUGCCAAAGACUUCGUUCGUUGACCCUCCUGUGAAAAGGGCAGAUUCCAUGCUAGGGGUCAUUAGGAAAUGAAUUGAAAAUAAAACUUUCAAUAUCGUAACGCCAUUAUACAAUUCUAAAGUACAACCGCAACUGGAACAUUGUGUACAGUUCUGGUUGCCUCACCUCAAAAAGGAUACAGUGGUACCUUGGGUUACAGAUGCUUCAGGUUACAGACUCCGCUAACCCAGAAAUAGUACCUCGGGUUAAGAACUUUACUUCAGAAUGAGAACAGAAAUCGUGUGGCGGUGUCACGGUGGCAGCCGGAGGCCCCAUUAGCUAAAGUGUACCUCAGGUUAAGAACAGUUUCAGGUUAAGAAUGGACCUCCAGAACAAAUUGAGUUCUUAACCCGAGGUACCACUGUACUGUAGAGUUUGAGAAGGUUCAGAAAUGGCAACUAAAAUGAGUGAUUCUCCUAUGAAGAAAUGUUGCAGUUUUUGGCACGUUUUAGUUUAGGAAAAAAAGCAAGCAUGAGGUGACAUGAUGGAAGUUUGCAAAAUGACACCUGACAUAGAAGAAGAAGAAGAGUUUGGAUUUGAUAUCCCGCUUUAUCACUACCCAAAGGAGUCUCAAAGUGGCUAACAUUCUCCUUUCCCUUCCUCCCCCACAACAAACACUCUGUGAGGUGAGUGGGGCUGAGAGACUUCAGAGAAGUGUGACUGGCCCAAGGUCACCCAGCAGCUGCAUGUGGAGGAGCGGAGACUCGAACCCGGUUCCCCAGAUUACAAGUCUAUCGCUCCUAACCACUACACCACACUGGCUCUAGAAGACCUGCAGGGACCAUCUCGUCCAACCCCCUUCAGGAAUAUGCAGCUCUCCCAUAAGAGGAUCGAACCUGCAACCUUGGCGUUACCAGCACCACGCUCUAAGCAACUGUGUUGUGCAUGAUGCCUUGCUAGCUCGCCGUGCUCCAUCCCCUGAGCCAUCAGCCACUUCCCUUUAGCAUUGAAACUAGACUUGGGAUGGAGGCAGUGGACAGAGAAAAGCUCUUCUCAUGAAGUUAGAACUGGUGGACAUCCCAUGAAUGCUAGAACUAUAGACCUUACUCUGAGGUAGAGAUGGCCACAAACUUGGGUGGUUUAAAAAAAAGGAUUAGGCAGAUUCAUGGAGGAGAGGCUCACCAAUGGCUACUAGCUAUGAUGACUGUGCUCUGCCUGGACAGUCCAAGACUAUAAGGCUUCUGAAUGCCAGUUGCUGGAAAAUACAGGAAGGGAGAGUGCUAUUGUGUUUAGGUUCUACUUGUGAGUUUCUGCAGGUAUCUGCAUGGCCACUGUGAGAACAGGAUGCUGGACUUGAUGGGCCAUUGGUGCGAUCCUGCAGGAUCUUCCUUUUUAAAAAAAUAAUAAUAAUUUUUAUUUGGUUUUACAAAUAUAGAAUUAUAACAGUACAAUACAAAAUACAUAUCCAUAUUUAGAGAUUUGUCCGAAUCUCUGGACUUCACACCUUCCCCUCCAUGGGUCUUAUUGUCACCCUUUUCAACUGCAUAUUAUUUCAUAAUCCACGUUUAGGUCUCUCUAUUUUGUCCAUAAUAUUUGCUCCAUUACAAGUGUUAUUGAAAUCUUACUAGUGUUUUCAUCUGCUUACAGUGGUCCCUUAGAAAUUUUUUUUAAAUUUCCCAUUCUUUGUUGAAGUUUUUGUCUUCGUGGUUCCUGAGCUUUCCGGUCAGCCUUGCCAUUUUGGCAUAGUCCAACAGCUUAAUUUGCCAUUCCUCUCUGGUAGGGACUUUAUCUUCUUUCCAUCUUUAUUCUUCUUUCCAUCUCUGAGCUAGUAGUAUCCUUGCGGCUGUUGUCGCAUGCAUAAAAAGUAUUUUCUGCUCCUUUGGAAUAUCAGUACCACAAUUCCUAAUAAAAAGGCUUCUGAGUUUUUUUUACAAAAGUUUUUUAAAAUAUUUUUUCCCCAUUUCAUUAUGUGAGGAAGAGUAUGGUUGCUCACGAGUAAACAACCAGGACUCCGACCUGCCUUUUUACAGGUUUUAUUUGGUGCAAACUAUGUACAGUGCAGACAUCCAGAGUCCAUGUCUCCCUCAGUCGCUAGCAGAUUCCGAGAGUGGGCUUUUCCUGUCCCCCCCCCCCAGCAUAAGAACCUCGACACGCCAGGUCUCCACCUUUUUCCCUUAUGCUUGACACCCCUGCCAAAACUAGGCAACGGAAGUUGCAUCUCUGGAAGUUGCAUCUCUGCGUCCCUUUUCGUCUCCCUGGGAUCGGUGCUGGGGCUCUCAGAUAAGUCUGUGAGCCUUUGCCUCCACUCUCCCCACCUUUCUUCUUCCGUUUUGCUUGAGACUUCGCUGACACCAGUCUCUGACGAAGUGUUACUGCUGAUCAAAGUGCAUAGCUGUCAAGUGUCCCUUAUUUGAAGGGACAGUCCCUUAUUCCAGCACCAUGUCCCGCUGCUGUCCCUUAUUGAUGGAUGUCCCUUAAAUGUCCCUUAAAUGAUGUCCCUUAAAUUUCAAAUGAAGCAGCUCCUCUCCCUCCCUCCCUCCUGCCAGCCAGGGAGGAGGGAGGCUCCAACGGUGUUGCUUGGCUGUGUUGCUCACCCAAUAAGAAGUCUAAGAACGGCUGGGGGGUGGAGCUUGCAUGCCUUGUGUGUGGCUAGUUAAUGCAAGCUGAGGGGUUUUUUGAAUGCUGGACGCCAUUUUGUUGCACGUGCUGCUGCAAACUUUGCAGUGCAAAACCAGGCCGGGAGCCAUCUUAAGUUGAGGCUGCAUAGGCCUUGUGGUGCAUGUGAUUCAGAUUCUAUUCAGUUGAACCUCUGGUUACAAAGUUGGUUGGACAGUGUUCUCGAAGCUACCAGCAUGAGUUUGACCAGACUGCAGGAGGACAGGAAGACUGGAGUGCCUGGAACAGGUGUGGCUGCAGGUCCCUUAUUUUGGCUGCUGGUCCCUUAUUUUCAAGGUUGCUGGUCCCUUAUUUUAAAAUCUGUAAGUUGACAGCUAUGUCAAAGUGGGAGGCUCUCUGUAUGUUCCUACCUCCCUCCCCCCUCUUGAUGGCAGUCCCCUGACACAUUAUAUAUCAUUUCUGGGAUCCUGCAAGCUCUUCCUAAUUUCUUACAUGAGAGUGUUCUUGUGCAUGAAUCCUGCAGGCACCCGGUCAGCCACUCUGAAAACAAGAUGCUGGACUGGAUUGGGUCACUAGCCUGAUCCAGGAAGGCUCUUCCAAAGUUCUUAUAUUCUUACGGAACUCUUAUGCAGAGAGAUGGAUCUGCCUUGGAAUUCAAUAACAUAAGGAGUUUUAUGCAGAAGACCCAUUUAGUCCACCAUCCUAUUCUCACCAGUUGCCUGUGCGAAACCCACAAGCAAUAUUAGUGCAAUAUUAGCAUGGGCACUUUUGGAUUUGUUAGGGUUCUGGUCAUUUCUCUCCCCCCGGUCCCAGAUCAGUCCCCCUGCCCUGGGAGAGAGAAGGGAAAAGGUACCAUAUAUACACUUCGCUUUUCCAGCAGAUCUGCAUCAAAGUUGAAUCCAGUAGAACCAGUCUGAGCCUUGAGAAGUGCGUAGAGCUGAAAGAGGAAGUGGGAAACUUCCUCCUUCAACUUUUAUGUACUUUUCGAGGGAGAAAAAGAUAACCACCCUUAGUGCCUCAUAACUAAGAGGGAAUUGUGUGGGUUGUGGUGGAUCUGAGGCUUUGUGGGUGUUGGAGGAAGACCUCAAGGAGACCCUUGCACUGUGUGGCAACCUCUCCAUGUUUCUCACUGCUCUUCAGGUAUCUGGCAAAGUGGUCUCCAACUUACGGAAGCAUCUGCAUGCUUACCUGGGAGUGAGCCAUAUUGAACUCAGUGGAAUUUUUAUUUCUUUUAGUAGGAUGGUGCUGCAAAUCUGCUAGCCUUAAAAGCGGCUCUAGAUCCUGCAACAGUGAGCACCGCUACUGCCUCCCUGGAACGUAUCUGUGCCCAUGGCAUGAUUUUUCUGUAUGUUUUGCAGACAUGAUGACCUGAAGGAGAUGCUGGACAGCAACAAGGAUUCUCUGAAGCUCGAGGCCAUGAAGAGGAUUGUAGCGGUAAGUUCCCCGCUUGCGACUUGGCUACGGCGUGAGAAUAGGGAAUUGUACUCUUGGGGUGAAACCUGGAACAACCAACUGAGUUUUGCUGCUGACAGUCUUUGCUGUGCAUGCUCUCUCAGUGUUUGGCAAAAGGGCCCUGCCAUCCACUUGUACAGUGGUAUUUUGGUUCUCAAAUGGCUUGGCUCCUGAGGCGCACCCAAAGUAAAGGAAGGAUUGAACUCUGAUUAAUAAGAAUACACACAGAGGCUUGAACCAGCAAGACUCUGGGAAGGGUGCGUAUAAUAAUCUCUCCCCCCUACCCCUCAGCCCAGGUCGUUUUAUUCACAAAAGAACUUUUUACAGAGUGUUCGUAAGAACCAAUCAGAUUUCUUCUGAGCAUUUCAACAAACCCCACGUGGGGACAAAGUUAAACUACAAACACUAGUUAGGCAUGCAUACUUUUGGGUAAAUGAAUGAAAACUACAAAGGAGUGCAUUCAGCAACCCUGGAGGUCAUAAACAAUCAAUACACAGGAUAAGAAGGAUGGCCAGGAGGACAGCGAUCAUUAUCACCUUUAUGUGAGACUUGUUUCCUGGCCCUAAGAUUAACAUCCUAAGAUUAACAUAUCAGAAAAGCUACAGCAAAGAAACUGCCACUGUCUUUAAUGACCCAGGAUGCCUGCCUGUCUAAGUGUGUACGUGACUUGUGAAGAAAGAGAAAUGGAACAAGGAUGCAGAGGUGUGGAUUGAUCAAGAAUCAUAUCAAAAUAGUUUAAACCCAGCCGACGCAAUGCUUUCAUUGCUGACACAGAUGGCUUACUCUAUAUUUGUUAUAAUUCCUCAUAGCAAUCCCACCUGAUCACUACAGGCUCCCAAACAAAUCGGCUCUCGAACGCCGCAAACCCGGAAGUAAGUGUUCCGGUUUGUGAACGUUUUUUGGAAGCUGAACAUCCAACGCAGCUUCUGCUUGUCUGCAGGAAGAUCCUGCAGCCAAUCAAAAGCUGCGCCUUGGUUUUCAAAUGGUUCCAGGGGUUAAACAGACUCCCGGAACGGAUUAAGUUUGACAACCAAGGUGCCGCUGUAUUAGGCCCUGGCACUAAUGCCUGCAGCGUUGCCCUGGCACUUAAUAGGUUGUUCAUUGUGCACAGCUGUGAGCACCACUCCCUGCCCCACCCAAUACUCCAAAAUUUUGAUCUGAGGCCUCGAUCCUGAGAGUCAAACCAGACAAGAUAUUAGGGCCCAUGAUGCUGUUUACUUAAAACACACAUUUGCACACUUGCUGACUGAAUAAAUAAUGCCAGGUCCAGAGGCCCAAUUUGUACCAUCUUCACUAUGCAUUUAAAGCAGGAUCUUACUACUUUAAACAGUCACAGCUUCCCCCAUCUACGGGAGAAGAAAAGGCUAAGGAGUAAACCCUACACAAAUCCAGAGUGGAGUCCCUAAGAGGGUUGGAUGGCGCCUUGUACGCCUCCUUCCAGCGACUCUUGCAGCCAAGCUGGUGCCAAAGGGAUUGCCCUGCUUUCCUCUGGACCACAUGAGUGAGGCCAAGAGAGGGGACUUCUUGUCUGGGCAGCCCAGGACCUCCAGCCACAGGCCUGUGUCCCAGAGAAGUCACUUCAGAGCUGCUAACACAGCAAAAAGCUCCUCCAAAGAAUCCUGGGAACUGUGGUUUGUUAAGGUUGCUGACAGUUGUUAGGAGACCUUGUGCCCCUCACGCAGUUCCAGUUCCCAGAGUGGUUUCGCAGUUAGUAGCAAUUCCUAGGGAACUCUGGAAUUGUAGCUAUGGGGGUGGGGGGGAAUUGGGAUCUCCUAACAACUUCCAGAAUGCUUAGCAAACUACAGUUCCCAGGAUUAUUUAGGGAGGUGAUACUGCUUUAAAUACAGAGUGCAGGUGGGCUGUCUGAUUGAAUUUUUGAAUUGAAAGAUCCACAGUCAUCUGGUCAAGCUAAGUGCAGGAGUUUUGUAAUUCAAGUGACAGAUGACCGUCAUGGCUCUGGUUCAGCAAAGGAGAACCCACUCCUCAUUUUGUUUUGACUUUCCAGGCCCCAUCAGCAACCAGUCCUUUCCCUGAAUUUUACAGGGGUUCAUCCUUUCUCUAUAGCUCCCCUGCACUGUCUUGGAGAGGAACACCUAACCGCUGCAAUUUUAAUGGGCUGCUUGGGAGGUCAGGAAUAGCAGUGGGCGAUGUGCAGUUUGAUGUGUUUCCUACUAUAAAGAUACUGGAAGUGACAGGGCACCAGUGUACACACGGGAGGCGUGGUAGCAACUGACCAAUUUAAAGUGGAGGUGGAUUUCAGAUUUCUUGACUAGCUACCCCACUGCUGUUUCUCCUCUCCCAGAUGAUUGCACGAGGCAAGAAUGCAUCCGAUCUCUUCCCAGCUGUGGUAAAAAAUGUGGCUUGCAAGAAUAUAGAGGUAAGCUGCUGUUGUUAUUAUUUUCCUUUCUUUUUAUAUGCUGCUCAAUGCUAAAAUAGGCAAAAUAUCAUACAAUCCCUUGCAGACAACGGCAGCAGCCUCGGGCAGUUUCUCCAGGUCUUUCUCUGCGGUGGCUGCUUUUAGCUUGUACAGAUAUUCUGGAAGAACAUGGGGCCCUCUGAACAUUGUUGGACUCCAUCAGUCUAGAUAAGUCUAGAUAAGACUUUUCCCAAUCUAGGGUGACUAGAGAACAGCUAUCCAGCCCACACGAGACUUUUAAUGCAUUGAUUUCUGUGCAACAGAGGGACUCUCAGAGAACUGCUGUGGUUUCCUGGAAAGAAGGUUGCCGGGUAAUUUGAGCUGGAAUAGCAGGGAUUGGGAACGUGUGUCCCUCCAGAUAUUCCUGGACUACAGCUCCCAUGGGUCAUGCUGGCUGUGGCUGAUGGGAGAUGGAGUCCAGCCACAUCCUGAAGGCUACAGACUCCAUGUGAUAUAAUGUCAUGGCUUAGAAUGGGAGCAACAAGCCAAGAAGUCCCUGGUUCAGUUCCCCAUCCCCACUCCUGUCCAAUCUAUAAUGCUUGCCCUACCUUACAGUGUUGUUUUACAGAUUGCUGAGAUCAUGUACUAAGAUUUAAUAUAGUGCUGAGUCCUGAUUACCUCAGGGAACAUUUCUUUCCCACCCAACUAAUGUGUUUCUGCUUAAAAUCUCAUACUGCAUGGAGGGUGACCACUCUUUGUGGCAGCCCCAGAACUCUGUCUCACAGGAAGUCCAUUGGGGUCCUUCCCUUUUGUCUUUAGUUAAUUCUAUUGCUGGUUCUAAUUGUUUUGAAUUUCUUUUUGUGUUCUGUUAAGAUAAUUACUAUGUAAAAUGCAUGUAAGUAGAUUGUGAGUCAGUUGUCUUCUAUUUAUCUUUAUGCAUCCUUCUGGAAAUCAGCUCCAAAAGGCACUAUAAAUGUUUCAAGUGAAUAAAAAAUAAAAAAGGAAGAAGUGUUUUGCUUUAGAAGUGCCGUUGCUGUCCCCAUAGAGACUAGGUGACCAGCCACUCUCCCCCUAGGCAUUGAAAGUGAUUCCAAAGUGCAGCCAUGUUGGGCACUAUAAUAGAUGGUCUUGAGGAGAGUGUGGCACAAAGGAUUCUGGGAGAAAUCCACUCUCCUGGAAUGCUUUUUCAAUGGCCGGACAUUGCUCAUAGUGCUAAAUUGAGGGUAGGACACUGUGGUCCUCCAGCUGCUCUCAAACUUCAUUCCUAUCAUCCCUGACCUUUGACCAUUGUGGAUUUUGCUUAUUUUCCUCUUCCCUCCCUUUUCCAGGCCAAUAGAAGGUGCUUUGCUGUACCAGCACUUCCUCCUUGCUGUCAUUCAGAAAGCCUUCAUUGUAGAGUUGGCAGGGGGGAACUGGUGGCUUGCUUAGUUCCAACUAAGGAUGCUUUUCCUUUGGCAGGUGAAGAAGCUUGUGUAUGUUUACCUGGUCCGAUACGCGGAGGAACAGCAAGAUUUGGCCCUGCUCUCCAUCUCUACCUUCCAGAGAGGACUCAAGGUUGGAUGCUUUUUGGGGGGGAGGCAGAGUCUAAGCUUUGCUUUUGUCAUUGAGAGUUGCUCUAGGGUGGAGCGAAUAUAUGACAGACUUCUCAAACUGCUUCCUGAGGUCCAAAGUGGGCACUUUCCACCUUGCAAAUAGCAGGAGGUGGGGAGCUUGAUUGGGUGUGUGACAGGGCAAAGGCUUCAUGCUCCCCCUACAGUGGAGGCUGGUCCAUUUGGAUGAAUGGAGCACUGCCCCAUUAACCUCACUCUGCCUUCCUCCAGGCCCUACCUGCCUGCCUUCUUACUACCUGGGCAACUCAAGAUCCAGGUCAAUUUCAAAUAGUUAUUUAGAGAGAUAGCUGGAUUGCCUAUGCUUGUCAGCUUCCCCUUCCUAAGUCUUGGUAGUUCUCUUCAGCAGGAAGAAGAAUGGGACCAAACUAGAAUCAGUUGAUUUUGCUAGUCAUUGGCUCUAGCGCCACCUACUGUUGACCUCCCUUUUGCCCUACCACUCCCAACGGCCGCCAGUCAUCGCUGCCCUGCUCCCAGCUAUUGUUUUGUUUUCAUUUUUACAAAAGGCAUCUAUACAAUGCCAAGCUCCAUGGCAAACAUCGCAUCUAGUUUGAUCAUUAGAUUAUUCUGUGUUUUCAGAGGGUAACCUCCCCUUGCCCCCGCCCCCAAACAUGUAACAUUUCCUCUUUGCCAAGAUGGGCAAACUAGGCUUCCUAAGAUGCUGCUCUUUUUGUGAGUCGGGUUUUAAUCUUCUACAACCAUCGUUGCCAAAGGAGACUUGGGAGUUGGUCUCUGUGUCUCAGUUGACAAGCUCAGGUUUCCUGCUGGGAUAUAAAUCAAUCAGGCAGGGCUGAGUUUGACCGAAGGGAACAUGACACUUGCGAACAGAAGGAGAGACCUCAUGAAAGAGAUCUGGAGGAAAGGGGUCUUCUUGAUGUUGCUGGGCUAUUUUACAUUGAACUGGCUCCCAUGUAGCUUGAAUGAGUUCCUUGUGAAUAUAGAAACACAGAAAGCUGCUUUGCACAGAGUCAACUCUUGGUUCAUCUAGCACAGUUUUGUCUACACUGACUGGCUGUGCCAGGGUUUCAGGCAAGACUCUCUUUCAACCCUACCUAGAGAUGGGCUUUCUGCAUGCAGGGCAGAUGUUCUGCCACAGAAUGAAUGAAUAUUUACUGCUAAAAGCUAUAAGCCGUCACAAUUGGUCACAACGCAUAGGAUACAAAUAAUUGAUUUAAAACUGAACAACAGCAAAGCAAGCAUACAAAAAUGCAAAAAUCACUCUUGCAUAAGUUUAGGAUCAUUGGACAGCCAAAGGUUCCACAUCUCUGGUCUAAUGUAAGGAGAUGGCAAGAGGAGGAACCAAGCUAAAAAAAGGUAAAGGGACCCCUGUUCAUUAGGUCCAGUCGUGGCCGACUCUGGGGUUGCGGCGCUCAUCUCGCUUUAUUGGCCGAGGGAGCCGGUGUACAGCUUCCGGGUCAUGUGACCAGCAUGAUUAAGCCGCUACUGGCGAGCCAGAGCAGCUCACGGAAACACCGUUUACCUUCCUGCCGCAGCGGUACCUAUUUAUCUACUUGCACUUUAACGUGCUUUCGAACUGCUAGGUUGGCAGGAGCAGGGACCGAGCAACGGGAGUUCACCCCGUCGCGGGGAUUCGAACCACCGACCUUCUGAUCAGCAAGUCCUAGGCUCUGUGGUUUAACCCACAGCACCACUCGCGUCCCUAGCUGUAUGUAAAAUACAGCUUAGUGGUUUUAUUCUUUUGCCUCCCUAGCAAGGAGUUGUCUCUCCCAGGAACAGAUGGUGUUGUGGCUUAGGGACGAGGAACCUUUGAUCUUUCAGCUGCUGCUGAACUACAGCUCCCAUCAGGCACGGCAAGCAUGGCCAGUGUCCGCAGGUUGAUGGGAAUUGCAGCUGAGCAACAUCGGAAGAGCCAGGAGUUCCCCGCGCCACCUGUAGAUUUAUUGGGAUGGAGGUUAUCCUGAACCCCUUCCUGGUGGAAAAAGUCUGCUAGGCUUGAGUGCCUGAUGCAAACCUCCUCUUUGCCGCAGGAUCCCAAUCAGCUGAUCCGAGCCAGUGCCCUCCGCGUUCUCUCCAGCAUCCGUGUGCCCAUUAUUGUGCCCAUCAUGAUGCUAGCCAUCAAGGAGGCGGCUUCUGACAUGUCCCCCUAUGUACGCAAAACGGCGGCUCAUGCCAUCCCCAAGCUGUACAGGUAAGUGGGAACCUCUUCCUUUCACUUCUUCCAGCCUCUUUUUAAGGCCCCGGAACCCAGACUGCCUUUACAGACUUGCAGAACCUUCAUUCAUUUGUGCUAUUGCAAAGUGAAAGCAGCAUGCUGUGUUUGCAUGCUGGAAUUCCAUGGUGCCUUUUCCUUUUCCUAAAGCUCCUUUUGCACCAUUGCUUAACUAAGGUAAAGGUAAAGGGACCUCUGACCAUUAGGUCCAGUCGCGGAUGACUCUGGGGUUGCGGCGCUCAUCUCGCUUUAUUGGCCGAGGGAGCCGGCGUACAGCUUCCGGGCAUGUGGCCAGCAUGACUAAGCCCCUUCUGGCGAACCAGAGCAGCACACGGAAACGCCGUUUACCUUCCAGCCGGAGCGGUACCUAUUUAUCUACUUGCACUUUGACGUGCUUUCGAACUGCUAGGUUGGCAGGAGCAGGGACCGAGCAACAGGAGCUCACCCCGUCGCGGGGAUUCAAACCGCCAACCUUCUGAUCGGCAAGUCCUAGGCUCUGUGGUUUAACCCACAGCGUCACUCACAACCUCCUAAUUCCUGUUGCUCAGGAAUUGUAAACAAACAAACAAAAUCAAGUGCAGUUUUUAAUGAUUCAGUUUGACUUCCUGAUUCAAAAUGGCAUCCAGUUGUAUCCAAACAUAGAGGAAAACCUGCUCCUUCAUCUCAGGAGCCAUCAUGCAAAAUCCGGUUAUGAUACAUUUGGUUGGUUUGCAUCCGUCUGUCUCAGAAGACAAUGGAAGAGUACACCUUUGAGGGUAAAGUCAAACUGUUGGAAACUAACAUCGCCUGCUGUGGCUGUAGAAGAGACAGUUUUGUUGUGCGGACGCAUGUGUACCAUGGUGUUCCUGCUUUCUGCGCUUCAACCUUACAAGUUGGAAAGCUAGACGAUAACUCCAUUAUUUUCUCUCCAGCAGGCUAUAGGAUACGCCUUCCUCCACCCCCAGAGACAACUAAAUCGAGUGCCACCUCGUGACUGAAGUGUAUAAUAACACUUAUUGACACUGAUUUUGUCUUUCUUCUUUUCAGCCUUGAUUCAGACCAAAAGGACCAGUUAAUAGAGGUCAUCGAAAAACUUCUGUCAGAUAAAACAACUGUGAGUAAGCAGGGCAUAUCUGAACCAUUUUUUUAAUUUGGGUGGGGGUGAACACAUUGAUUUAAAAAGCACUAAAACCCGCAAAGUUCUUGUCACACCUUAAAGACCAACCAAUUUAUUAUGACAUACAUUUUUAUAGACUAGAGUCAAAUGCAAUUCUCUAACCCAGCAAUGGGGAAUCUGUUGCCCUCCAGAUUUUGGACUACAACUCCCAUCACCCUUUACUGGCUGGGGCUGAUGGGAGUUGGAGUCCCAACAAAGACUGUAGAGUUUCAGGUUCCCUUUCCUUGGUUUAGUUCAUGAAAACCAUAGUAAAUAUGUUGUUUUUUAAGCUGCUGCAAGACUCCUUUUGUAGAUUUUCCUGCAACUAACCCACCCCACAACUACCCCAUGGAAUUGUUAUUAUUUUGGGAUCUCUUUCCUCCAACUACUCCCAUCUCCCCAGUACCUAAGGCUGUUGCUUAAUUUUCUAAGCAGGCUGGCAAAGUUUAGCCUGUGAAGGGCUGGGUGAGGUGCAAAGAUGUUGCACCUUGCCUAUUCAUCCUAUUUUUUACUGUUGAUUUGUUGCCAGCUUGGCACCUGCGUUCCCAUGCCAAGUGGGGGAUCAUCCUUUCAGUGACCCAGAUCCUAGGUCUGCAAACCCUCUCCUUUUGGGGUUUGCAUGAGCCCCACACAGUCUCUGCUUCGGCGCACCUCAUUUUCUCCUCUUUGUUUUUUUAUAUAUAAUUUUUUAUUAAAUUUUCUGUUUUACAAUUUAAAAUACUCAUUUUACAUCCUUAAGAUAUCCAUGACUUCCCUUCUUCUCUUUCCAUGGUUCAUUUUACAUAUCAUAAAUCCCUGCGUAUUUUACAAAAACUAUACCAUUCAGUAUUCCAUUAUUACAGCCAUCAAAACUUAUUUACACUGCUGAAUUUAUCUUAAUGCUGCCGGCGUUUUCAGCUGUACAUAAUUAUUUCCCAUAUAUUCAAUGCAGUCAUACCUCGGGUUGAAGUUGCUUCAGGUUGAGCGUUUUCGGGUUGUGCUCCACGGCAACUCGGAAGUAAUGGAACGCGUUACUUCUGGGUUUCGCUGCUUGUGCAUGCGCAGACACUCAAAAUGAUGUCAUGCUCAUGCGCAGAAGUGGGGAAUCGCGACCCGCGCACGCGCAGACGUGGGUUGUGUUCUGCUCUGGAUGCGAACGGGGCUCCAGAACGGAUCCCGUUCGCAAACUGUAAAUGUUUUCCGAUCUUCUUUAAACGUAUGUUGUUCUUGUUCUCUUAUUCUAUAUGUGAAGUCUGCAAGUUGUGCAUAUUCCGUCAGCUUAAGUUGCCAUUUUUCUUUGGUUGGGACCUCACUCGCUUUCGAUUUUGGGGCUAACAAAACAGGGGCUGCAGUAGUGGCAUACGUAAACAACCUUUUCUCCUCUUUGUGUUUCCCUUGGCCAGCUGGUGGCUGGCAGCGUCGUGAUGGCCUUCGAGGAAGUCUGCCCCGAGCGCAUUGACCUCAUCCACAAGAACUACCGCAAGCUGUGCAACCUGCUGAUUGACGUGGAGGAGUGGGGCCAGGUGGUGAUCAUCAACAUGCUGACGCGUUAUGCUCGCACCCAGUUCCUCAGCCCCAACCAAAACGUGAGUGGAGCAGAUAGGAGAGAAGCCCGUGCGUUCGCUUGCCUGGGUUCUGGAGAUAAGUUAUCCUGAAUCUGGGGCAUGGAUGUUGUCGCUCAGAAGGCCACAAGUGAGCCCUUGGUUAUAUUCAGCAGGUGGCAUUUUCCAUACACAGAUGCAUUUUUUUGGAGGGGGAAAGCUAAUAGCUCAGUGGUAGAGCAUUGCAUGCAUAAGGUCCAUAAUCCCCAGCUUCUCCAGGCAGGGCUGGGAGAAUCACUUGCCUGAAUGUCUGGAAAGGUGCUUCCAGUCAGUGUAGGCAGUACUUUUUAUUGUCAUUAUUGUUAUUUAUGAUAUUUCAAUAAUUUUACGAUCAUUUUAACAUUUCAGAACGUGACUUCCUUCCCCCUCCUUCUGCGGUUCCUUAGGUUUAUUUUUAAUAUUUUCUGCAAAUCCAAAUUAACUUAAUUUGCUCAUUUAGUCAUCGACUUUAAGUAUAUAAUCUUAUAAAACUGCAGGUUAUUACAAUAAUCCUGCCAAUAUUCUUAUCUGUUUACAGUUUAUUUGUAAAUAUUAAACAAACCAUUUCCAUUCUUUUAUAAAACGUUUGUUACAGUCAUACCUCAGGUUACGAACGCUGCGGGUUGCACAUUGUCGGGUUGUGGACAACGCCGAACCCGGAAGUACCAGAACGGGUUACUUCCGGGUUUUGGCACUCGCACAUGCGCAGAAGCGCAAAAUGACGUCAUGUGCAGAAGCGCUGAAUUGCGUCACAUGCAUGCGCAGACACGGCGCUUCCGGCUGUGAACGCUGCAGGUUGUGAACAUGCCUCCCACACGGAUCAUGUUCGCAACCUGAGGUAUGACUGUAUUUUGAUUUCUUAUUUUUGCAAUUUCUGGAUAUUCCAUAGGUUUUUGUAUCCAUUCUUCUUUUGCUGGUACUUCUUCUUCCAUUUUUGGCCGUGCCCUUUUCACCAUAUUCUGAGAAUGGGGCGACAAAAAAAAUAAUAAGCAAAGUGGCAUGAUCCACACUGGUGCCUCUGUGAUGUAGAGUUACCAUAUUUUUCCGUGUAUAGCACACCGCCAUGUAUAAGACGCUUCCUAUUUUGGGGGACUCCAAUUUAAGAAAAUGGGGGGAGAUGGCCCAGAGUUUUUUGGGGGGGGGACGACUAACAAAAAUCAUUCCCACGACUGAAAAAUGCAACCAAUAAUAAGCAAUGCCGGAACUGCUAAGUGUCUGCCCACUUGCAACUAGCAGCCGCAAAUCGCGCGCCCAAUUGUCGCAGCGGCAGCCAAUCCACAACAGCGCUUGCCGCAGCCACCAGUCACCAACCCAAUCGCUGCUCACAAGCUCCUGCUUGCGGCUGCAACCAAUCGCCCAUCCCCCUUCUGCACUACCCAUGUAUAAGACGACCCCUGAUUUUGAACAUUAUUUUAGAGCAAAGAAAACCUCGUCUAAUACACGGAAAAGUACGGUAACUGUUAUACCACUGUUUCAACUCUAGGUGGCAGUUAUUUUUACAAUGAAGCUGCCCUCUGUUAAGCAGCCAUUUUUGGCCUGGCCUCUUCUCUGAAACUACCCGUGUGGGGCUUUGAAGGUGACCCAGAAACUACAACUAAUCCAGAACGCGGCAGCUAGACUGGUGACUGGAGGCAGCCGCCAAGAUAACACCGGUCUUGAAAGACCUACACUGGCUCCCAGUACAUUUCCGAGCACAAUUCAAAGUGUUGGUGUUGACCUUUAAAGCCCUAACAGCCUCGGUCCAGUAUACCUGAAGGAGCGUUUCCACCCCCAUCGUUCUGCCCGGACGCUGAGGUCCAGCGCCGAGGGCCUUCUGGCAGUUCCCUCAUUGCGAGAAGCAAAGCUACAGGGAACCAGGCAGAGGGCCUUCUUGGUAGUGGCACCUGCCCUGUGGAACGCCCUCCCAUCAGAUGUCAAAGAGAUAAACAACUACCAGACUUUUAGAAGACAUCUGAAGGCAGCCCUGUUCAGGGAAGUUUUUAAUGCGUGACAUUUUAGUGUAUUUUUGGUCUUUGUUGGAAGCCGCCCAGAGGGGCUGUGGAAACCCAGCCAGAUGGGUGGGGUACAAAUAAUAUUAUAAUAUUAUAAUAUUAUAUAUUAUAUUAUUAUAAUAUGAUGAUGAUGAUGAAAUAUACUGACAGCCUCCUCUCCUUCCCCUGUGUCUGGCAGGAGUCCCUCCUGGAAGAGAGCUCCGAGAAAGCUUUUUAUGGUUCCGAAGAGGAAGACUCCAAGGACGACAAAGCAGAGCCGGCGUCUUUGGUGAAGCGCAAGCCGUACGUCAUGGACCCUGACCACCGCCUGCUUCUGCGCAACACCAAGCCCCUGCUGCAGAGUCGCAAUGCUGCGGUGAGAACCACCAUCUCUAGCACCUCCCAGUGCUUAUCCUAUGGGGAGGCAGAGUUCCUUAGGAACGACAGCACCCCUUGCCACCACGAUCUCUGAAAUCGGUGCAAGCAAAGAGGAAGGUAGGGCAACCCAUCUCUUCCCAAGUACAAGCGAGGAAAGCCCACCAUCCCCUCUGCAGAUUUGCAUACAAUUUGCAUAUGUUAAUUGAUAUGUAUAGAUGCAUGUUGUGCAUGUUCAGCUAUUCUGUAAGAAAAAUUUUCAAAAAAGAGGGGAAGGGGCAAAAGGUCUUUGGUCCAGUGCAGACGACCUGGGGCUUGGAACAGUGCCCCCUGGUGGUUGAUUUUAUUUUAUUCACUUAAAAGCAUACAUAUCCUGCUUAAUCUAGGGACACAGGUGGCCCUGUGGGUUAAACCACAGAGCCUAGGACUUGCCGAUUAGAAGGUCGGCAGUUCGAAUCCCCGUGACGGGGUGAGCUCCUGUUGCCCGGUCCCUGCUCCUGCCAACCUAGCAGUUCGAAAGUACGUCAAAGUGCAAGUAGAUAAACAGGUACCGCUCCGGCGGGAAGGUAAACGGCGUUUCCGUGUGCUGCUCUGGUUCGCCAGAAGCGGCUUAGUCAUGCUGGCCACAUGACCCGGAAGCUGUACGCCGGCUCCCUCGGCCAAUAAAGCGAGAUGAGCGCCGCAACCCCAGAGUCGGUCACGACUGGACCUAACGGUCAGGGGUCCCUUUACCUUUUUAUCCUGCUUAAUGUUUCAAAGAUCUCUAAGUGGUGUACAGUCUAAAAAAGAACAGGCAAUAUAUCAUUGAAGCAAAAAUGAAACCUAAAAGCAGUAAAACAGCAAUGUAAAGACCUAUAAAGGCAUGUUGUAGCGAAUAAAGCAAAUCCAGAAGAUUCAGACACAUAAAACGAGGUCUGAUCUUAUGGGUCAGGGAUAGCCUGGGCAAAAGGAGAAGUCUUCACAAGGCAUCUGAAGCAACAGGUGGUUGCAACUUCAAUUAUAGCAGAGGGAAGGGCAUCCCUCAGUACAGGGGCAACGGCAGAAAAUGCCCGUUUCCAGGCCAGGUGAUCUUAGUGGUCUUCCAGGCAGUCUUUCUGGUAGAUGCAGCAAGCACAAAUGAAUCUUGUUUCCUUGCUUCCAAGGCCUUGUGGCACAAACCCUUUCUCUCUGCAGGUAGUGAUGUCUGUUGCUCAGCUCUACUUCCACCUUGCUCCAAAGGCUGAAGUUGGGGUCAUCGCUAAGGCACUGGUGCGUCUCCUCCGGAGCCACAGGUCUGCAAACACCUCCCCUCCUUCUAGUGUCUCUCUCUCUCUCUCUCUCUCUCUUUCUCUCUCUCUCCUUUUCCUGAAGUUGCUCCCUUUUACCAGGAAACAUCCCAAGGAGCUGUGCAUUUCUGUGAGCGGUUAGGAAACCAGCUAAGCUCUUGACCACAGUUCAAUAUAUCUGCUGUGUCUGCAAGGGACAUGUGAGAUCUGCAACAAAACAUUGCAGUGUGGUACACUCCUGGUUCAGGGUUCUAGCCAGCCUGUGUCUUUUUCUAGAAUAUAGCUGGAUAUAUAAGUGUUGAGAUGAGUCAAUGGCCAGGCAAGUGACCAGAGCCAGUCCAAAACCAAUACAGAGCUACAAUUCCAAAGUUCCCUUGCCAAUUUGGUAUAGUGGUUGGGAUGUUGGACUGGGACCUGGGAGAGUUCAAAUACCCGCUCCGCAGUGAAGCUUGCUGGGUGACCUUGGCUGGCUGCAAACCCUCAGCCUAACUGUUAAGUUGUGGGUGAACAUAUCAGACGACACAGCGAUUCUUCAAACAGCUCUUGUUUAUUCACAGGCCAGAACAGAACUGAACUGAAGGGUUCAGCCAGCCUGCUUAUAUAAAGCUCCACUAGAACGCAGCAGUAACAAUUUUCUGUAACUAUCCAAUCACUGAAUGUCACUUUCGAUCCCUUAUUUGCAUAUGUGGACCUGAGCUAUCUACAGUAUCCCUCUGCUGGCCCAGGGUGAGAACUUCAGUACAUAACACCCCUCCACACCGAGAUAAGGCGUUAGUUACAAUCGUAAUGGUUUCCUUAUAUACACCACUACACGUAAUGGUUCAAUUAGGCACAAAAGCAUAUUGGUUACAUUUCACCUGCUUCCAUUAGACCGACAGUAUUACAUGUCCAACAACAUAGUCCUUUAAAUAAGUUGGGCACUUGGAGGUAGCAGUCGAACCGAGCGAGGUAGGAAUCCCAUGAUUCAGAGGCUGGUGCAAACGGCGGUAGAGACACAAGUGAAGCCAUGAUUCCAAUGCCGAUGUGGAGGCGAUGGAUGGAACACAGUGCUCUAGCCAGAAUGGUCAGCUCUGAAUUGGUUCUGUUCAGUGAUUUCGCUCGGAGUUUCAGCUCAGUGAUUCAGCUCCGCUCAGAGGGUGGCUGCAUCUGGCUGUGCUCUGUUGUCCAUCGAUCCCAUCCUCGUCACCAGUGUUAAGUUGUGGGUGAACAUAUCAGACGGCACAGCGAUUCUUCAAACAGCUCUUGUUUAUUCACAGGCCAGAACAGAACUGAACUGAAGGGUUCAGACAGCCUGCUUAUAUAGAGCUCCACUAGAACGCAACAGUAACCAUUUUCUGUAACUAUCCAAUCACUGAACGUCACUUUCGAUCCCUUAUUUGCAUAUGUGGACCUGAACUAUCUACAGUAUCCCCUUGCUGGCCCAGGGUGAGAUGGUGUACAUAACACUAACCUCUAACUCAACCUUGCAGGGUUGUAUGGAAGGUAAAAUGGAGAGGAAGGAGACAAUGCACAGCACGUUGAGCUCAUUGAAAUGAAGGUGCACUGGGCAGAAGCAUAUUUAUUAGGAAUUUUGAAUAAGGUUAUUCCCAAAGAUAAAAUUAACAUAUUUAUGUAGGCAACAACGGCAGCAAGAAUGUUGGUAGCCAGUCAAUGGAAAGGAAAUUAUAUUCCAACAAAGGGGGAAUGGUUAAGUAAACUUUGUGAGUACCUGGAGUUAGCACAAUUGACGGAUUUAAUAAGGCAUAAGUCAAAAAAUUUAAUUCAGAAACAAUGGAAAUGUUUAAAUGAUUAUUUAUACAAGCAGGGCUCAAAUAUGAAAGUUUGGUUGUGUCUAGACUAACCUUGUGAAGAAUACAGAGAACAUAAAGAUUUGAUUGAUUAUGAAAGAAUCUAAGGCAGGGAAAUGAUUGAAGAACAGAUGUAAAUGCGAGCAAGACAGCUAAGAGAAGUGUGGUGAAUGCGGUGGAAGUCUUUUAUAAUAUUUUAACUAAGAUUUAUAUAUUGCAGUAUUUGAAGCAAGAAUUUGGUAAUAUUUCAGGUUAUGAAAAGUAUUUUUCCUUUCCUUUUGUCUUUUUUCUUUAUAUCUUCUAUUUUUCCUUUUCUUUUUUUAUUAGUUUUCGUUUUGGAAAAUAUGUACAUAAGUGUGCUUACAGUGUUAUGUAUUGUUCUUUGUUUAAUUUCUAUUUCUUGAAAAAAAUAAUUAAAUUUUUUUUUGAAGGAAGGAAGAUGCACUGUAAAUGUAAUAGUAAUGAACAUAGUGCCCUUAAGUGCCUAGGGCAGGACUGGGGCCUUAGGACCCAAAUGCUGUUGAACUCCAACUUCCAUCAGCGCCAGCCAGCAUAGCUAAUGGUUGGUGAUCAUGGGAGUUGUAGUCCAAAAGGUUAGCCCUGUUUCAGGGAGAUGUACUUUGUGGAUUACCACAAAGCCCUGCCUGAACUUGGGGGUUUCUGUGGCUUUUCAGAAGCAGUCAAGUUUCUGAAUACCAUAGACUGGAAACCGCAGGGAGAGUCGAGAGCUCUUGUGCUUGGGUCCUGCUUGCAGGUUUCCUACAGGUAGUUGGUUGGCCACUGUGAGAACAGGAUGCUGGGCCACAUGAGCCAUUGGCCUGUGUCACCAGGCUGUGUCUACGUUCUUAUGGUUCUGGCUUAGCAACUACCGACAGACAUCUCUGGAUGACUUUGCAAGCAAAGCAAAGCAUGCUGGGCAUAGCUGUCAACCGUCCCUUAUUUGGCGGGAAACUCCCUUAUCCUAGCGCCGUGUCCCGCUGCUGUCCCUUAUUGAUGAUGUCCCUUAAAUUUCCCGGGUUUCAAAGGAAUCAGCUCCUCUCCUUCCCUCCCUGCCGGCCAAGGAGGAGGGAGGCUCCAACUGUGUUGCUUGGCUGCCCGCCCUGCCCCCCUCUGGCUUCCUCUCACCAGACUCAGCCCCCUGGAGCCCCUCCCCGCCGGGACUGAGGAGCCUUGAGAGGAGAGCGAGGGCAACCAUAGGGAAAGCAGUUCAGAGAGAGGAGGCGGAGGCAAAGGCAGGUGUUCCAAUAGCUAACCAUAGAGGGGGAAAGCGGAGGAAGGACUGCAAGCACUUCUCCCAUAGAUUUGUAGUGGUAGACUAGCAUAGAUGGUCUGAUCUGCGGGUGCUAUUUCCCCGCCCCCUUCCUCCCGCCCUGCCUGAUGGAACUGAGAGCUGCAGAUGGAGCACGAGAGAAAAGAUACAGAACUGCAGCAGCAUCUUCGUAGCUUGGACUUCGUUUUGCGUGAAAAGUGGUUGCUGCUUGUAGUUAUUCAAUUGCAGUGUUUCAUCAGCUGAUGUCUUGAGCAGCAACCUCUGGAAACGAAGGGCUAAAAACCGGCGCUGCUCUCCAAAAUUGUCUGGUCCCUUUUAACUUCGUAUUUCAGCUGGUUGACUAAAAUCCCUUAUUUUGGCUGCUGAUCCCUUAUUUUCGAGGCUGCUGGUCCCUUAUUUUCAAAUCUGUAAGUUGAUAGCUAUGAUGCUGGGGGGAGAAGCAUUCCCUCAUUGUUUGUCCAUGCAGCCACUAAUCGGAGGCAUACUGCCUCUCUGAAUACAGAGGGUCUGGUUUUGUCUCUUAAUGACCAUUGGCAGAUCUGAGCUUCAUGCAUUUGUCUAAACCUUUAAAGAAAAAAAGGUGGUCAUCUUUACAUCUGCUGGCGGCGAAUCCUGCAGUGUUCCUGCCUCGUUGACAAGUCCUUGUCUCUCUUAUUAUGGCAGUGAGGUCCAGUAUGUGGUGCUUCAGAACGUGGCCACCAUGUCAAUCAAGCGCAGGGUGAGUGCCUGUUUCCUUUAUUAAAUGGGGUGGGGUGGGGAGGGAUUCACCUGGGCUGGGAGAUGUGAAAUGCCAGGACUCUAGAUGUCUGCCACAGCUGCUUCUUCUGCUGUACAGUGGUGCCUCGCAAGACGAAAUUAAUUCGUUCCGCAAGUUUUGUCGUCUUGCGAUUUUUUUCGUCUUGCGAAGCACGGUGUUGGGAAAGUUUUGGAAAAGCUUCAGAAAUCACCAAAGUCUUUAAAAACCUCAAAAAAGGCUACCACACCGCGUUCUAUGAGUUGCUCCUCGAAGUCAAGUCGCAACUGUAUUAACGGUGUUAAGAAAAAGGAAACAAACUUGCAAGACGUUUCCGUCUUGCGAAGCAAGCCCAUAGGGAAAAUCGUCUUGCGAAGCAGCUCAAAAAACAAAAAACCCUUUCGUCUAGCGAGUUUUUUGUCUUGCGAGGCAUUCGUCUUGUGAGGUACCACUGUACUUGAACCAGUGAUGGGGAGCAGCCCAGAUGACUUGAAGAGAGGUUUUCUGGGUCCUUCUGUAAAUCCAGAGCUCACCGUGGCAUUUCCCCAAGGAUGCUACUGCUGCUGAUUCUGCUUCUUUCUCUCUGCAGGGAAUGUUUGAACCAUACCUGAAAAGCUUCUACAUCAGAUCCACAGACCCCACCCAGAUCAAGAUCCUCAAGGUGUGUGAGAUGCACCCAUAGAUGGGUGCUAGGCUGCACUGAAGAUAACAGCUUUUUAGUUUUUUGUUGUCGCCUAGAGUAACUCCUCCUUUUUCUCUUCUGCCCUGCUAGCUGGAAGUUCUGACCAACCUUGCAAACGAGACCAACAUCUCCACCAUCCUGCGUGAGUUCCAGGUAUAGCAUGACUAAUGGGCUGGAGGAAGGUCUUAGCAAAGGAGCUGGAGGUGGAGCAAUAUGUGCAGAGCCAGGAAUGUCUCUGUACUUGCUAAAUUCCUAGCAUCUUCAGUGACAAAACCUAGUUCCUAACCCACAGGAAGGUCAAAGCACAUCACUCGCCCCAAACAAGCCAUCAAUAUUUAAAAACGUAUUCUUGCACUGCAUUCUGUAACCCAGUUAAGAUGGGGCAUUUGACUUUAAAUUGGGUUUGAAUGCCACCGAACUCCUCAACCCAUAUUAUUACAUCCAAUUUUAAAAUGCAAGAAUUACAUUAUACAAAGGCCUCAUUUGUACUGUACAUUAAAAAGCGAUAUACUGCUUUAAAUGCAUACUGUGGAUGCGGUGUGAGAGUUCAUCUGAUCCAGUGUAUUGAUUCUGGCAGUGACCAGCUAAAAUCCACGCAAUUAUUUUUUUAAAACUACCCUUAAAAUCAUUAUUAAAACACGAAUAAAAUUAUUAAAACUUCAAAAACCAAGAUGGACGACCAAAUUACAUGUCUUUGUAAUCUUGCUGAAUUAAAAAAAGUUUUCCGCUUGCGUCUAAAGCGAUAAAGCAAGGGCACCUGGCUAAUGUCAACAGGCAGGGAGUUCCAAAUAUCAGUUUCUUGCAAAUCUGGAAGACCGUUGUGUGGCAGGUUCUGCGGACCAAGGCACACAUGGGGCAAGGCGCUGUCUUAAGUAAAUUGGUCCCAAGCCGCAAAGGGCCGUAUAUAUAUAUAUAUCAAUAGUAAAACCUUGAACUUGGCCCAGUAACAAAUUGACAGCUAGUGCAGCUGUUUGAGAAGAGGCAUUAUAUGCUGGCAGAAUUUCAAUCCUGUCUGCAUUCUGCGCUAAUUGCAGCUUCCAGAUCAACUUCAAGGGAAGCCCCACAAAGAAUGCACUGCAGUAAUCCAGUCUUGAAGUUACCAGUGGCUAAACUGCUAUGACCAAAGUAUCCCAGGCCAGGAACAGUCACAACAAUUUUACCAUCCCAAGAUAAACUAGCUAUGCCUUGUUGUUUGUCCCCAGCAUCCUAUAAUCACAGGGCAGACUGCUUCAAAUCAAUAAGUUUCUGUUUUUCUGGUUUAAAGGGUUGUGAAUGAGGUCAUUAGAAAGAGACUUUGGUGACAAGGGGGCUUUGUUUUUGACACAUUAGGGGAGACUGUACAGUUUCAUUAGCUGAGUCUCCUGAAAGUCAGAGAAAUGUGGCUUAAGGAAGGAGAAAAGGGUGGAAUUCUCGGAGCUGAAUCCCAGCUGUUGUGAUUCCAAAGUUUAUCUUAAAGACCAUUAAAGGUGCCCUUAAUCUAGCGGUCCUUGAACAGGGGUCGAAUUCUGUUCUAUUUUUGCAACUCUCUAAUUUAUUUAUAGCAGGUGUUUAUAGCAGGUGUGGGGAACCUUUGGCCCUCUAGGCGUUGCUGAACUACAACUCCCAUCAGCUGCAGCAAGCAUGGCCAGUGGCCAGGGAUGACAAGAGCAACAUCUGGAGAGCUUAAGGUUCCCCAUGCCUGGGAGAGCAGGAGUGUGAGAGAGCACUAUAGCACAAUUCAUGCACAUUAUAAGGAAUAAGAAACUAGAUAUGGACAUAUAGUAUAUAGGAGAGGAAAUGAAGACGGGGGUAGCCUGCAGAUUUUACAGUGACUUUUCGACCAGUAUAAUGCCAUGUGCCUAACUGGAUGGGCAUUGCCAGUGUAACUACAUACCCAAAAGAAAACUCUAAGGUCUAAGUUGGCUAGGAAACAAAGGAGGACGCCUUAUAACAGCUCAGAUAGUUUUGUCCUAUUUAGUCCAGCGCUGACUGUUAUUUUUAUUUACCGUAUUUUUUGCACCAUAACACUCACUUUUUUCCUCCUAGAAAGUAAGGGGAAAUGUCUGUGCGUGUUAUGGAGCGAAUGCCUGCGGGUGGCUGGGGGAUAUGCUGCAGUCGUGAGCAGAGGAUCCAUGGUUCCCCUUCCUUCCCUCCUCCAUGGUUACAAAGCAUGGAUCCACAUGGAUCCUCAGGAUUUUUGCAUUGAGCUACUCCAAACUCACUGUCAGAUCACAUGUCUGUGGCCACAGCAUGAACGACAAAAAUCAUAUAUCCACUAUUUCGUUUAGAAUAUUUUUUUUCUUGUUUUCCUCCUCUAAAAACUACGUGCGUGUUAUGGUCUGGUGCGUGUUAUAGAGCGAAAAAUACGGUAUUUAAUUUAUACCCCACCUUUCGUUCCAAAGGAGCCCAGGGUAGCAAACAACAAGUGAUUAAAUCAUAAAAGAAACUUUUAAAACAAUGUGCAAUCUUUAAAACAGAUGCAGAUUUGGAAAGACCUCUGCUGAAAAAGUUGUUGGGAGAGGAAGGUAUCCAGUAGACACUGAAAAGGCAACAGAGAUGGUGUCUGUCUAAUAUGCAAGGGGAUGGAAUUCCAGAGGCCACCUGGGACUCUAGUGACACAGAUCCAGGAGCUCCUCCAGACUGCAAACCCACUCUUUAAUGGGGAGUACGACCCCAUCCACAGCUGGCAAUUGACUCAUUAUAAUGGUUUGGGAAUUGCCUGCCCACAGCAUCUCCAUCUUGCCAGGAUUCAGCCACUUAACCAGCCAUCAUCCAGCCCACCACUUCACACCCACUCCUGAUUCAAACAGAAGUAGAGCUAGGUCAGCAGCAGCAUGUGGAUGAGACCUCAUCCUAAAUCUCCUGAUGACCAAUCCCAGCAGCUUCAUACAGAUGUUAAAACAGCUCUGGUAACAAGGAUGGUACCCUGCCGCACCCCAAAGCACAGCUGCUUGUGCGUUUCCAAGCACAAUUCAAAGUUUUGGUGCUGACCUUUAAAGCCCUAAAUGGCCUCGAUCCAGUAUAUCUGAAGGAGCAUCUCCACCCCCAUUGUUCUACCCAGACACUGAGGUCCCACACUUGAGGGCCUUCUGGCGGUUCCCUCACUGCGAGAAGCCAAGUUACAGGGAACCAGGCAGAGGGCCUUCUUGGUAGUGGCACCUGCCCUGUGGAACGCCCUCCCACCAGAUGUCAAAGAGAACAACAACUACCAGACUUUUAGAAGACAUCUGAAGGCAGCCCUGUUUAGGGAAGCUUUUAAUGUUUGAUGUAUUACGGUAUUUUAAUAUUUUUUGGAAGCUGUCCAGAGUGGCUGGGGAAGCCCAGCCAGAUAGGUGGGGUAUAAAUAAUAAUUUAUUAUUAUUAUUAUUAUUAUUAUUACCACCCAGCCUUAUUCACUCUGGAGAUAGGAUUGGAACAACUGUGGAAGAGUGCCUCCAAUACCCACCCCUCUCAGUUGGCUCAGAAGGGUACCAUGGCCAAUGCUCCUCUGAGAGAUCAAGCAAGAAAAUAAGGGUUGCAUUCUCCCUGUUCGUCUCCCAAUAAAGGUCAUCCCAUUCAGGCCCAUUCAGCCCCAUAACCCAACCUGAACCCAGAGUGAAAAGGUUCAAGAAAAUCUGUUGUGUCUAAGAGCACCACGAAUUGCUACGCCGCAACCUUCUGGAUCACCUCCUCUGAAAAGCUGGCAUUUGUGGCUGGGCAGUAGUUGUCACAAGCUUUUUCAAAAGUGGUUGGAUCACCCUCUCUUUCAGGAUGGCCAGGACCACUUCCUCCCACAAGGAUGCAUUGACCACACUCUGUGUCUACUCAGACAUGCCCGCUUGUUGUUGUUUAGUCGUUUAGUCGUGUCCGACUCUUCGUGACCCCAUGGACCACAGCACGCCAGGCACUCCUGUCUUCCCCUGCCUCCCGCAGUUUGGUCAAACUCAUGCUGGUAGCUUCGAGAACACUGUCCAACCAUCUCGUCCUCCGUCGUCCCCUUCUCCUUGUGCCCUCCAUCUUUCCCAACAUCAGGGUCUUUUCCAGGGAGUCUUCUCUUCUCAUGAGGUGGCCAAAGUAUUGGAGCCUCAGCUUCACGAUCUGUCCUUCCAGUGAGCACUCAGGGCUGAUUUCCUUAAGAAUUGAUAGAUUUGAUCCUCUUGCAGUCCAUGGGACUAGCUUUAAUAAGCCAAGAGGCAAAGGGUUCGAGGAGACCCUUUCCUGGGUGACAUGAAACUUGUGCACCUCACCAGGCCACAUCAACUGAAACUGAUCCCAGGAAGUUUGCAGGUGCUGCAGUGAGAAUGGAUGUGGCACCGAGAUUGCUAUGAAGGCGAGCAGCCUUACCUUCAAAGUACUUGUAAAAAAAACCACAGCAGGCUUCCGAGUGGCAGCCAUGCUCCACAGUCUCAGGCUAGGGUAUUCUCCCUCACCUGAUGCCAGGAAGGUUGUGCAUGCACCACAUGAGCUUUGCCACUGAGCUAUGGUUCCUCCCAUUAUAAUUAUGGUGCAUUUGAGGUCUAGCAUGCAGCCCGCAUGGCACAGGUCCCGCCACACCCAUCUCCGCAUGGGCAUUCCCAGACAGCUCCUUGUAUCUUUUUGUUCCCACAGACUUACAUCCGGAGCAUGGACAAAGACUUUGUGGCAGCCACCAUCCAGGCCAUUGGCCGUUGCGCCACCAACAUUGGCAAAGUGCGUGACACAUGUCUCAACGGCCUUGUGCAGCUGCUGUCCAACCGAGAUGGUGAGAAUCCUUUUUCAGCUAGGAAAAUCGGGGCGUGUGGUCCAGAGGGUGGUGGGUUGAAAAGCAAGAGCUCAUUUCUUAGUAUACACGUUGGCAUAUAGUUUGUGAAAUUUUUGUUGGAGCAGAACUAUGUAGAGCACUAAAGCUCUACAUUAUGGCUGUGAGAUGGGCUACACACCCCUGAGAUUGCCCAGGGCACAGUCAUGAGAUCUACAAACUUGGUUGCUUUUGUUGGAAGUUUUUAAUCGGAGGCUGGAAGGCCACCUGUCAGGGUUCCUGUAGGAGUGGAUUUCCUGUUUCAGCAGAGAGUUGGACCACAUUCUCUUUGAGGUCCCUUUCAGCUCUGUGAUUCUACAAAAGGAGCAUUGCCACUGGAGAGAUGAGAGGCAGAUUGAGCAUCCUUGCAUACAGCCUUAACACUUUCCCCAUCCUGUUACUUAGAGCUGGUUGUGGCCGAGUCUGUGGUUGUCAUUAAGAAACUCCUGCAGAUGCAGCCGUCUCAGCACAGCGAGAUCAUCAAGCACAUGGCAAAGCUGACCGACAACAUCCAGGUGGGGGCCUGAGCUGGCAGAAGAUGCUCUCCUGAUGGGUGGGCUCUGAUGAGGAAAGGGUGGGGGGAGUGGGAAAGGCUGAUCCGGGAUCUCGAGAGGAGAUGCAGUGCUGUUUCUUGUGCAUAGGUACCCAUGGCUCGUGCCAGCAUCUUAUGGCUGAUCGGCGAGUACUGUGAGCAUGUGCCCAAGAUUGCCCCUGAUGUGCUGCGUAAGAUGGCCAAGUCCUUCACCAGCGAGGAGGACAUUGUGAAGCUGCAGGUCAUCAACUUGGCAGCCAAGCUUUACCUGACCAACUCCAAGCAGGUAAAGCUCUUUCUGAGAAUUAAAUAGGAGUGGCAGCUUUCCCGUUGAAUGCAAUUAGCAGGGUGGGUAGGAUUGCUGUCUGCAUGCCAAGGGCACAUAUUUAAUAUACUGUAACUGGUUACAGUAUAUACAGUAUAUGCUGUGGGUUAGAAGGUCGAUGGUGGCUGAUCAGAAGGUCGGUGGUUCGAAUCCCCGUGACAGGGUGAGCUCCCGUUGUUCAGUCCCUGCUCCUGCCAACCUAGCAGUUUCCUGCUCCCGCCAACCUAGCAGUUUGAAAGCACGUCAAAGUACAAGUAGAUAAGUAGGUACCGCUCCGGCGGGAAGGUAAACGGCAUUUCCGUGCACUGCUCUGGUUCGCCAGAAGAGGCUUAGCCAUGCUGGCCACAUGACCCGGAAGCUGUACGCCGGCUCCCUCGGCCAAUAAAGCGAGAUGAGUGCCUCAACCCCAGAGUCGGCCGCGACUGGACCUAAUGGUCAGGGGUCCCUUUACCCUUAACCUCUGGUUUUGUGCUUAAGGUGUUAAUCAUCUCAAGGCAGAGGAACUUUGGAUUUGGGGCUGGGGCAAAUGUGGCCCUCCAAGCCUCUACUUGGCCCUCAAAACUCUCCAGUGGCCCUGCUUCACAUACGCGUUGAGUGUUUUGCCUUCCUGGAAUCCUAUAAUGUCUCUUGCUUGCAUAGAUAGGGGACGAAGGUGUCUGAGAGAGGGAGGGAGGGUGGGCAGGCCACAGAGUCUUAACUGACUUGGGGAGUUCACCUCUCCAGAGCUGGAGAUGAAGUCUGGGACUCAUUUUGCCACUGUGCUUCUGAGAUGCUCCAAGCACCUCUGGAGCGCGGCUCUGAAACAAGCCUCAGCCAGUUAAGUUUUAACACACAUAUGUUAUUUAUGUAUUAUUUCAGAACAUCUCUCUCCCACCUUUCUCAGCAUAAAUAGAUUUCCCAAUUCUCUAGCGACUGAAUGUGUGUGAUAGAAAUAAUGAAAACCCACACAUCCAGCAGCUGUAAAAACAGCAAGAGUGGCAUUAAAAUAUAAUUUGUGCAAAAACACAGGAAAAUAAUGUGGCACCAAAAAGUAGGUCCCAGGUGAGUUCCAUAAGAAGGGCAACCCACAAUCAGUGGGGCUACAGUCAGGGGGCUGUCACCAAGAAGGUCCUACCUUUGGUCUGUCUGUUUCCGCUGGGGCCGUUCCUCCUCUCUCCCAGCUCCCCCCAAAAGGGGGGUUGCACCAAACACAGAGAAGCAGGAACAAGAACUGAAGCUUCAGAACGGUGCUGGUUUUCGAAAGACAUCCAUCUUUUUUUAUAUAAAUUGGUUUCUACACAUACACACACACCACUCCUUCCAGGCAAGCAAGAAGCAUUGUUCAAGUACGGGGAUACAUUCCAGCCAGGGAAUACGCAUGAGGAGGGUGUGUCCAGGAUAGUGUUCCAAGGGCCAGUUAGAGAGGCUUGGAGGGCCACAUUUGGCUUCCAGGUCUGAGAUUCCCCACCCCUGAGCUAAGUUCAUAGUAGACCCAUUGAAAUUAGUGAAUCUAAGGCGGCCAUGCCAAUUUAUUUGGACACCAAAAAACUGAUCCGACUGUGUGGACUGACUUGUGUUUGUGUUGUGGGGGGAGCAAAAGGCAAAGGACAUGCCCCAUAGGUGCAAGAAUGCACUUGAGCGCCAUAUUUUUAAUAUUCAGUUGGAAGCCGCCCAGAGUAGCUGGGGAGACGCAGCCAGAUGGGCAGGGUAUAAAUAAAUUAUUAUUAUUAUUAUUAUUAUUAUUAUUAUUAUUAUUAUUAUAUUCUGUUAUGUCCCUAUUUUAUUUUAACAUACUUCUUAAUGCCAAAAUAGGCUUCUAAGAAAUUUGCAAGGUAAAAAAACCAGUCGCACCAACAUUAAAAUUUAAAUAUUCAUAAUUAAAAUACUCAAUGAAGCAAUCCCAUGAAUGCAUCUUUUUUUAAAGCGCCCUUUUUGCUGUAGUUCUGUAUUGGUUUGUUUUCUGCCUCUGGCCUAAGAGACUGUCGGGGAGGCCACUGGCUUGCCCAACUCUUUGCCAGGGCCCAGUUCCUCUUGCGCAAUGCGGUCUUCUCUGCCACAGAGCAAACUGCUGACCCAGUAUGUGCUGAACCUGGCCAAGUACGACCAGAAUUACGACAUCCGGGACCGUGCCCGCUUCAUCCGCCAGCUCAUUGUGCCCACCGAGAAGAGUGGGGCCCUCAACAAGUACGCCAAGAAGCUCUUCCUGGCCCAAAAGCCCGCCCCAAUCUUGGAGUCGUCUUUCAAAGGUAGAGUGAGGGGCCGCGUAUAAAAGGAGCAGCCGGGGGAACAGGUCAUGAGUGUGUUGAUGGUAGCACAGCAGGGAGAAAUCGGUUCUCAUUCAGAAUUAACCUACAGGUUAUAUAAACAGAAUUUAUAGAUGAAUAAAUGAGUAAGUUAAUUUGGAAUAUGCAGAAAAUAUAAAAAAUUAAGGAACCGCAGAAAGAGCGGAAGGGAAGUCGAGUUUCAAAAUGUUAAAAUAAUUGUAAAAUUAUUGGGUUAAACCACAGAGCUUAGGACUUGCUGAUCAGAAGGUUGGCGGUUCGAAUCCCUGUGAUAGGGUGAGCUUCUGUUGCUCGGUCCCUGCUCCUGCCAACCUAGCAGUUCGAAAGCACGUCAAAGUGCAAGUUGAUAAAUAGGUACUGCUCCGGAGGGAAGGUAAAUGGCGUUUCCUUGCGCUACUCUGGUUUGCCAGAAGUGCUUUAGUCAUGCUGGCCACAUGACCUGGAAGCUGUCUGUGGACAAACGCUGGCUCCCUCGGCCAAUAAAAUGAGAUGAGCACCGCAACCCCAGAGUCGGUCAUGACUGGACCUAAUGGUCAGGGGUCCCUUUACCUUUACCUAUAAAAUUGAAAAUCAUUUUUUAAAAAAGAAUUGAUAGUUAGCCAACCAAGAGGGGUGUUUGGUGGUGUUGCUUAGCAACUGGCAUGAUCCUUGCUGAGGUAACGUGUGCUCUGAUUGGUUGUGUAGUUCUGUGGGAGUUUCCCCCCGUAAGUGUAGUUGUUGAACGUCUCCAUGCUAUGAAUUAGGCCUGUAAAUAAAACGAACCCCUCUGUUUGUUUCUCCUCGCAUUUUAUACUGUUUUUGACCAGUUUAAAGUAUUAUCACGAUUUAUGUUCUCUCUGGGCUCCACCUGCUUUACACAAAUCACUCUGCCUAACGAAGGGCCACGGGUGGUGGGGAGGCGGCGCUGUUGGGUGGGCCUGUGUGGAUGCUGAUGCUUUGCUGCUCCUUGCAGACCGUGACCACUUCCAGCUGGGCUCGCUUUCGCACCUCCUCAAUGCCAAGGCCGUAGGCUACCAGGAGCUCCCAGACUGGCCCAGCGAAGCUCCUGACCCAUCCGUGCGCAACGUGGAGGUAUUGGCUUCCCCUCUGCCCAGGAGUAAUGGGAAAGCUGGCAUUUCUCUGAGAAACAUUGUGAAAUGGCUUGCCAGCCCUUUGCACCCAAAAGGGAGUCACCAGUCCUUGCUGACAAUGGCUGCCAAGGCAAUGGUCCUGCCUGCCCUGCCUUCCUUACAAUGGUUAUAGUAGUAGUAGUAGUAGUAGUAGUACAGGUGAAACUCGAAAAAUUAGAAUAUCAUGGAAAAGUUCAUUUAUUUCAGUAAUUCAACUUAAAAGGUGAAACUAAUAUAUGAGAUCGACUCAUGACAUGCAAAGCGAGAUGUGCUUCCACUUCUCAGAGGUCCAGUCUUGCUCCAUUUGCAAUCCUUGUUUUGCUGAUGUCCUUGAAUAUUCUAAUUUUCUGAGAUGGUUAAUUUGGGGUUUUCACCAGCUGUACACCAUGAUCAUCGUAAUUAUAGCAAAUAUAGGCUUGACAUAUCUCGCUUUGCAUGUCACGAAUUUAUCUCAUGUAUUAGUUUCACCUUUCAAGUUGAAUUACGGAAAUAAAGGAACUUUUCCACGAUAUGCUAAUUUUUCAAGUUUCACCUGUAUAACAAAUCAAGGCUUGACAUAUCCUGCUUUGCAUGUCAUGAGUUGAUCUCAUAUAUUAGUUUCAACUUUUAAGUUGAAUUACUGAAAUCAAUGAACUUUUCCAUGAUAUUCUAAUUUUUCGAGUUUCACCUGUAGUAGUAGUACAAUUUUUCUAGAAAAAGAGGUGCCGGAACUCGCCAUGAAUGCCCCCUUUGUUCUCUUAGAAUGGCAAUGUGCCCACCUGAAAGUUCUGGCGAGUUCCAGCUGAAAAAAGUUUUUGUUGUUGUUCCUGCUGCUGCCCCAGCCACUAAGGGUGGCUCUCAACAAAAUAUUAAAAACACAAUAAAGCACCAGCCAUCGAAAACAUGCCUUCAGAUGUCUUCUAAAAGUCAAAUAGUUGUUAAUCUGUUUGACAUCUGAUGGGAGGGCAUUCCACAGGGAGGACCCCACUACCGUGAAGGCCCUUGGAUGUGGGCCACUCUGAUUGUGGACCUCCCAUAGGCCAAGAGUAGGGAACCUUUGGUGGCCCUCCAGAAGCUGCUGAACUGCAACUCCCGUCCACCCCAGCAGGCAUGGCCAAUGGUGAAUGGGAAUUGUAGUCAGGAACAUCUGGAGGGUUCAUCACAGCUGCCACAGGCAUCUGGUUGGCCAUUGUGCUGGGCCUUUAGCUUGAUCCAGCUCUUGUGAGUCUUACCCACCCCCCUGCUUUUUCGCCCCUCCUCAGGAAGAGUCAGUCGGCCCCAUGGAAAGCAACAUUGGGCUGCUGGGCGAGCGGAUAGAGGUGGUGUUUGCUGGUGCAGUGAUGUUCUUCCCCUCUUGCUCUCAUGCUUCUAUUUCCUUCCUCUUCCUCCUCCUUCAGUUUUCUUCUCUGCACUGUAGCUCUGACUGUGUGUGCAGUGUGUUCAAACUAACCUUUAAUUGACCAGUUAGGACUAAUGGAUUGAUAUGCCUUUUGAUCAGCUAAAGAUUGCCCCUUUCAAAAACAGCAGGUGGCAAACACAAUCUUAGCAAAGGUAUUCUCAUGUUCUCUCUCACCUGGGAGGGAAUGCUUUUUCUGAGAUGGUGACUUCCAUGAUGUGUGUGCAUUUAUUUAUUUUGCUGCAGAACUGUUUGGUUUUACCCCAGUGCAAAUCUAACCCAAUUUUAAGGAAUCCGUUGAACAGCUAAGCUGCAUUUAACUGGGUGACAGAUUGCCUUGAGGCUUUCAAACAAUUCUGCUGUCUCCAGAAGUGUAAGCCAGCAGGGUCAGGUGAUAUAUGGUCCAGUACUGGGUGUAGAUCAGCGGGGAGCGGGGGACUCAUUUCAAGGCCUUACUCUACCAUGGAACUUGCUACAGCUUCCUUCCCUUAGAUGGAACCUACUUCACUGCGUUGCUGUGAGGAGAAAAUAGAAUCAACUCAUGUUUGCUACUCUAAAGUGGAGGGAAGAUAGGAUGCAGAACCUCUAGGUACAUGUACAGUGGUACCUCGGGUUACAUACGCUUCAGGUUGCAUAUACUUCAGGUUACAGACUCCACUAACCCAGAAAUAGAACCUCGGGUUAAGAACUUUGCUUCAGGAUGAGAACAGAAAUCAUGCUCUGGCGGCGCGGCAGCAGCAGGAGGCCCCAUUAGCUAAAGUGGUGCUUCAAGUUAAGAACAGUUUCAGGUUAAGAACAGACCUCUAACGAAUUAAGUACUUAACCUGAGGUACCACUGUACACAUGUCUUCUUCCGGCCAUCUCACCAGAGCAGGCCUUAGGGAAAGGCUAUAACUUUCUGUGCAGAAUGACCCAGAUUUAGUCCUUGCCAUUUCCUGUUAAAAGGGUCAGGUUGCAGGUUAUGAGGAAGAUUUUGGACAGCUGCAGUCAGUCACAGGAGACGUAGUACUUUGAUCUUGGUGUAAUAUGCAAGUUCCUGUGUUGCACCAGAACCUGGACAGGCUGUGCUUUGCUGCAGUGCUUUCUGCCUGGAUAUUAUCAUCACCAUCAGUUUAUUGAUAUACCACUUUUUAGCUAAGGCCCCCGAAGCAGUGAACAGAUUAAGAGAAAACAAAAUAUAGUAAAGCUGCAGUCAAUACACAAGUACAGUAAAUCAAUAAAAAUAUAAAAUAGCAAAAACCCAGGUGUAUCAUGAACCAUGCUCUGUGCAUUCGUGAAUUGGAUUUGUGCUGCCACUGCAAAUGCUAGCACAAACAAUAGCUUCUCCCUGGAAACAGUUGUGGCAAAGUUCUUGCAGUUGCUGUCCAUGAGUGGGACUAGCUGGCUCAACCUGUGAACUUCCUGCCAUAGAGCCAAACGUGCUUUGAGUGCAUCAAGCAGGAUUCCAAAAACCUUGACUAAUCUUGGCUCACCCUUCUGAGGGCUGCUCCAUAGAAGGCUAUAUUCCUACAUGGAUAUCAACGCCAUGUAGAAAGUGCACAUCAUAUGCCAUGUGCACUCCUUAUGUGCAACAACUGCAUGUUUCUCUGCUUCACCUUGUGCACACAUGGCAUUAAACAACCUGCCUUCAGUUGCAGCAAACAAGCACAUUGCAUGCUACAGUGUGACAUUGCACACUUAUUUUUUUAUUUUGUCUGAUGCAGAAAAAAAAUUAACUCCCUUUGGUAUGAUGUGGAUCUAAGUCUCUCGUUCUUCCGGGCUGUUCUUUCUGGUCCCGUUUCAUUUACAUGCAGGCCUUUUUAAUGUGCUCACUUCUGUGUAGUGAAAUCUCUCUCUCUCUCUCUCUCUCUCUCUCUCUCUCUCUCUUUCUCUGCUCUGGCCAGGUUCCAGAAUGGACCAAGUGCACUAGCCGCGAGAAGAGGAAGGAUAAAGUGGAGAAGCCCUUCUAUUCUGAUUCAGAGGGAGAGUCCGGGGCAACAGAAUCUGCUGACAGUGGUGAGAGGAGAAGGGGCCAUUGCUCAGUGUUAGAAUACUUGCUUUGCAUGCAGAAGGUCCCAGUUUCAGUCUGACAUAUUUGAGUUUCAAAGAGAUAAGAUAGCAGGUGACAGGGAAAACCUGUAUCUGAGACUAUGAAGAGCUGGCAGUGAUGAACUAGCUCAGGCAUAGGCAAACUCAGCCCUCCAGAUGUUUAGGGACUACAACUCCUAUCAUCUCUAGCUAAUAGGACCGGUGGUCAGGAAUGAUGGGAGUUGUAGUCCCAAAACAUCUGGAGGGCUGAGUUUGCCUAUGCCUGAGCUAGCUAGAUUAAUCCAUCUGAUAUGCUAUAAGGUAGCUUGCUGUAUUCCAGCAGUUUUCACUAGUUUGUAAUGGUGAAACACCACCAGCACACAAACACUAGAGGGUGCAGUUUUCUUCAGUCAAAUGCAAGCACUUCCCACAAUUUAUUUCAUAUUGUCUUGUGUGUUGCCUAUCAAUGGAAGUGGGUGAUCAAGCUUAAACUAGCAGCUCUGACAUGCGAGAAGUCUGGAAUUCUGAAAUCACCACGGCUUCUGCAUGUGGGCAGCACGUACCAUAUUGGGCUCCACUCUUAAAGAGAAGGGACGUAGUAUUGGUGUUUUGCAACUUUUUUUUUAAAAAAAAUAAUAUUUAUUAAAAUUUCACAAGAAAAAAAGCCACAUUAAUGGAGAAAAAAUUAACAAUAAAAAGAAAAAAUACAAAGUAAAAAAGAAAAAAAACAAUUAAAAACAAUUUCAUCUUUUCCUCACUUCUUUUACAUUUACUUGUUUCCCGGACCUCCUCUUACCUCCCUAUUUGUAUUCUAAUUAAAUAUGUUAAUCCAACAAUUCCUUUCCCUCCUUUUUAAUCCUAAUCUUUCAUCUUGAUAUAAUAUAACUUUAAAUUUUAAAUUUUACAUAUUAAAGCCAAAUUUUCCAUAUUCUUUUAGCCUGUACAGCUAGAAACCCCUUAAAUUCAAUCCAACAUCAUUCUAACAUUCAUUAAUUUUGCAAUAUUUCUGUAAAUAGUCUUUGAAUUUCUUCCAAUCUUCUUCCACCGACUCUUCUCCCUGGUCACGGAUUCUGCCAGUCAUUUCCGCCAAUUCCAUGUAUUCCAUCAUUUUCAUCUGCCAUUCCUCCAGUGUGGGUAGAUCUUGUGUCUUCCAAUACUUUGCAAUGAGUAUUCUUGCUGCUGUUGUAGCAUACAUAAAGAAAGUUCUGUCCUUUUUUAACACCAAUUGGCCGACUAUGCCCAGGAGAAAGGCCUCUCGUUUCUUCAAGAAGGUAUAUUUAAAUACCUUUUUUAGUUCAUUAUAUAUCAUCUCCCAGAAAGCCUUAAUCUUUGGGCACGUCCACCAAAGGUGAAAAAUGUACCUUCAGUUUCUUUACAUUUCCAACAUUUAUUAUCAGGCAAAUGGUAGAUUUUUGCAAGCUUGACUGGGGUUAUGUACCACCUGUAUAUCAUUUUCAUAAUAUUUUCUCUUAAGGCAUUACAUGCCGUAAAUUUCAAACCUGUGGUCCACAACUGUUCCCAGUCAGCAAACAUAAUAUUAUGUCCAACGUCUUGUGCCCAUUUAAUCAUUACAGAUUUCACCGUUUCAUCCUGAGUGUUCUGGUGUUUUGCAACUUUUUGAGCUGUUGCAGGACCUUAGCCAGAUGUUAGCAGAGUAUACGCAGAGUUCACGAAAGCAAUCGGUUGCAGGCAGGAUGGACGAAGAGGAACCAGUAACUUGUUACUUAUAGGUGUUUAUUAUAUACAGUGGACUGCAAGUUACUAUUUACAGGAACAGAACAGAACACGGAUCUUUAACUAGCUCUCUCACCACACGAUUCUCACACUAACUCUUAACUCUCAACACUCUACUAACACAUUCCAUUCUGUAGGCCAUAAAUCAUUAUUCCUUUGAGUGAGCUUGACCAAUGAGGGAGCUGUCUCCAGGUCUCUAUAUCUCUAGGCAGAUUUUACUCCUUUACAAUGUCUUGGCUGUCAGCCAAACUCCUAAUUGACUGUGUGUGAAGCUGCACGUAUUCAGAUUCCCAGCACGUAGUUCAGUGGUAGAGCACAUGGCUUUGCAUGCAAAAGGUCACAGGUUCAAUCCCCUGCCUGAAACCCUGGAGAGCCUGCUACUGGUCCAUGUACUGAGCUACUUGAACCCAAAAGUCCGACUUGAUGUAAGGUAGACAAAGGAAGACCAAGGAAAGGAGCUGGGCACCUGGGCCACUGAAGAUGCAGGCCAGUUGCCAGUAGUUAUUUUGAGAAUUAGUUGGAUUGCCUAUGGGACACAAGGAUGGCCCAUAGUAGUGCAGUGGUGGCUGGUCCAUUAGGGCAAGUGGGGCAGUGCCCCACCAACCUCAGUCUGCCCUCAGCUAGCCCCCACCUACCUAUUUACAGCUAGUCCCAGCCUGUCAUCUUCCCCUUGCUUCGUCUCGGAGGAUGACGGGAGCAAAACUAGAAUCGGUUGGCUCUGCCUGAUUUUAGUCCUGACACCCUGCCUUCCAGCCACCCCACCAGUCUCAAUGGGCACCAGCUACUCCUGUGGGUGUUCUAACACAAGGUGCACCCAGCUGCAAUGUCUACGAGAAUGUGAAUGACUUCCGUGCAACAGGGAGGCAGGGUCUUUUCUGUGGUGGUGCCCCAUGUUUAUGGAAUUCCAUCUCCUAAAACAAGACUGGGGAAACUCGGGCCUGGGAGCCAAUUGCAGCCAUCCAGCCCUCUCUGUCUUGGGGCUCCACUCACACCAUGCCCUCCCAAGACACACCCUCCACCCUCCUCUAGUCAUCUUACCUGGUCGGAAUGAGUCUUUGACCUGGGCUAAUAUCACCACCUUGCCUUGGUGGAGGAUGGAGAAUGGUGUGUGUGUGUCUGCAGCUACUUUGGUCACACCCACCAUGGUACAAGGCCCCUGGGACAUUGCUCACAAGUAAAUGUGGCCCUCAGGCGGAAAAAUACCUGAAAGGUCAGUCUGGCAUCCAACCUGCAUAGUUUUUAGGAUCCAGCUCUUUGUAAUUAUUUUUUAGCCAGAUCUUUUGAUCGGUGCCUUCAUCUUGAGUUGCACCUCUUUUGCUGUGUUUUACAGUUACUGUAUUUCUUAUUGCAUUUAUACAAUAAAUGCCCCCGCCUUUUUCUGCACAACCUGUUGCAUGUGUGUUUGUAAGUGUGGGGCUCCACUUUCUCUCUCUUCCUUUUUUUGCCAGAGCCUGAGACGGUGAGUGGGUCUGAGAGUGAAAGCGGCAGUGAGAGUGGGUCUGGUUCUGGCAGUGAAGAAGAGGAGGAGGAAGAUGAGGAGGAGGAGGAGGAGGAAGAGAGUGGGGACCAGUUGGAAGAGGAUGAGGAGGAAGAAAAGAAGAAGAAGAAGAGAAAGGAGGCCCUAAAGAAAAGAUCCCUAGAGAGUGCUGGAAGGUACGAAAGGAAUUUCUCUACCCUUGAAAUACAAAAAUCAGUUUUUGUUGUUGUAUUUUUUAUAAGAAGUGGAUGUUCUAAGCCACUUUGGGUACAGCUCACUGUGGAAAGGCAGCAUAUAAACUCAACUAAUUAUAUGGCAUUAGAUGCUGAUGAAAAGAGGCAGUUUUGAACACCCAUUUCUAAGGGCAUGCUGUGUCCAAAUAAAACAAAAUAAAAGUUCCAGACAGACAACGGCGUAUCCAAGAAAGUCAUUCUAUUAGCACAGGGGUGAGGAAGCUCUGGUCCACUGUUCAAUCUUGGCUCACCAGGGGGUGCAAGUUGGCCUGUAAGGCCAUUUCCCCCAAACCAUACCCACCUGUCCAUCAGCUGAUGACACUGGGUGAUGUCGGAUGAUGGGCAAGAGGGAUGGGGUUUAAUCCUGCUGCAUGGCACUUUGGCAGAACAUUACCUGCAGAGGGCACACUGGUGAAGCAGAUCCUUACAGCCUGCAGGAUUGAACCCUCUCCUUAUCAGCCGAUGAGCAGAGACGCAGGUCAGCUUGGAUAGGUGGGUGGGACUGUGCAUCCUUUAGUCACCUGAUGUCAUUGUGGUGUCAGAAGAUUGACAGGUGGAUGGUCCCUCAUCGUCUAGUGCCAUCUUCUCUUGGGCUUCAGGCGGCAGAAUGUCUUGAGCAGACACUGCAUGCCUGCACGUGUGUGUGUGUGUGUGUGUGUGUGUACACACAAGUACAGACAUGCAGAUUGAUCUAUGCACCUAGUAGAAUAAGGACAUUGAAGAGUGAGUUAGUAAAAUGGAGUGUACCACUCCAGACUGCAGGUGGGUGGUACCAAUGCUUUCCUAUGUGUUGGUAUGGUUAAAAAACACACAGACCUUUGUUCAUGUUGAGCAUUAGCAUCCGAGGAACUAACUGGGAAGAGAUCCGUACAAGCAUGCACUAGCUGCUGAGUGAAUUGCUGGAGAAUUUGGACCAAUGACAUUGCAAUAUGCGGAUCAGCAGAAUCUCCAACCCCCUGCUGCACCCAGGAGGCCCCAGAGAAACUGCCUAAAGCUGCACACAUGCCAUACACUUAAUAAUAAUAAUAAUAAUUAAUAAUAAUUUUUUAUUUAUACCCUGCCCUCCCCAGCCAAGACUGGGCUCAGGGCGGCUAACAACCAAUAAUAAAAACAAGUUGAUUAAAAUACAAUUUAAAAAGGUUAAAAUACAGCAUUAAAACAUUAGGAUGCAACCUCUUCACAGGAGGAGAAAGGAAAAAGAAAGGGGGGGGGAGGGAAUCAAACUUGAUUCUUAAGGUCCUCCAUGACUUAAAGCAUGUGACUUAGUUGGUUAAGGGCACUGUGAGGGGUAAACUGCAGAUCCCAGGAUUCAUGUGCUUUAAAUAUAUGGAGUGCAUGCAGCUUAAGCCUCCAUUUUCUUGGUUUUUUUCCUUUCUAACAACACCAGUGAGGAGGAGGAGGAGGAAGAGCGGAGCAAGAAAAAGCUGCUGGCCAUGAAAAGGGGCUCAGAAUCCUCGUCUGAGGAGGGCAGCCCAUCCGAGAGCAGCUCGUCGGAGUCGGAGUCUGGCUCCGAAGCAGAGGAACCCCACUUGGAGAAGGAAGUGAAAAAGAAAAGGACGGUGAGUGGCGUGGGUCAUGAAAUCUGCCAGCUCCGGUGUCUUUUUGGUGCAGCCACUAAGCUUGGUCAGUCCUCAUUGGGCAAUUUUAUGGGCUUCCCCCUUUCUAAGGAUGAUUUGUUCCCCCAAGCCUGUUCAGGCCUCCCUUAUUGGCAAAACCUAUUUGGUGUUUCACAACUUUCUGACUAGUUGCAGGACCUUAGCCAGACCUAGCAGAGUAAACGCAGAAUCCACGGAAGCAACUGGCGACUUGGCUGCAGACAGGAUAGAUGAAGCAGGAAGCAGGAACUUGUAGUUAGGUGUUUAUUAUAUACAGUGGACUAUUUACAGGAACAGAACACAGAUCUUUUGCUAGCUCUCUCUGACACGACUCACAACUCCUACACUGACACACAGAACUCUGAACACCGAACUAACACAUUCCAGUUAGUAGGCCAUUAAUUGUCACUCCCUUGAGAGAGCUUGACCAAUCAGGGAGUUGUCUCCAUGUCUCUGUUAUCACCAGGCAGACUUACUCCUUCACAUGACCUUCUGGCUGUCUGCCAAACCUUAAUUGACUCUGUGUGAGUAGCUGCACAUACACAGUUUCCCAACACCCCUUUUGUGCCUGGAUGGUGCUGUUUUGGCUGUAUGAGGACUGGCACUCAAAGAAUCAGAGUUGGCUAUUAGUAGCAUAUAAUAUGUUGGCUUCAAGUGGUGAGUGACAUGGAUGAGUAUGAAGAGUGCUGUGCCUGGCAGAAUUGACUGGGUUUAGGACUGGCUGUGCCAAUGCAGAAAACACAAAGUUAACGCUUUCCUAAUUUUUCCUCUGUCUUGUCUUUCAGCCUCCCAGCAGCAAACCUGCUCCAAAAGCCCCCAAGAAAGGGGUAAAGGAGAUUUCCUUGCUCGACCUGGAUGACUGUAAGUGUUGCCCCCUUAACAGUUUCCCCCUUCCCAGGAAACACUGGGAAUUGUAGCUCUGUGAGGGGCAUAGGGGGUCUCCUAAAAACUCUUAGCCCCCUUAAGAAAUUACAGUUCUCAGGAUUUUCUGGAAGAAGCCAUGAUUGUUAAAAGCCUAAUGAUACCGCUUUCAACGUAUAGUGUGGAUGGGGCCUAAAAGUUCACCUGGUGCCACUGGUUUCAAGAAUUAGCACUAUUUUUGUUACUGGGUAUUUAAAAUACUGUAUUUUAAAUAGUAUUUUAAUCAUUCAUUUCAUAGUUGUAAACCUCUUAGAAGCCAUUUUGCCCAGAAAGUGGUCAUGUAAACAAUGAAAUAUAUGAACAUUCAUGGUCAGAAUCACAGAGCAUGUUUAGGAGCUUAACCCAGUGUUUCUCAAACUUGGGUCCCCAGCUCUCUUUGGACUACAACUCCCAUCAUCCCUGACCACUGGUCCUGCUAGGUAGGGAUGAUGGGAGUUGUAGUCCAAAAAACAACUAGGUACCCAAGUUUGAGAAACACUGGGCUUAACUUAUUCCCACCAUACCAUGGUCCCAGCAAAAAUCUUCCCCUUCCCCUGACAUUCCUUAGGAUGGAUGCUGCAGUUGACCCCUUCCGUACUUGGGGAAAUCAUUUUCAUUUUAAUGGCGGAUUCGAAUCCUAAGAUUACAGAAAAUGCAGCCAAGGAUCUUGCUUUUAGUCAAAAACGUAUUUUUAGAAAACUCUGUUUCUGCUUAUUCAUGGGUUUUGUCAUAUUUUGCUUUUAAAAGGUACAACUUGUGUGCAGGUAUAUUUAGUCUUCCUCACUGCUGAGGCUCUCUUGAUAAAGCUUAUGCUGUGUUUGGUGUCCAUAGCCUGUAGACCAAAUAAGAUGAAACCCAGAUUAGCUAUUUACACCAAAAAAUCCUGCGUUAAAUAGCAGCUGGGAAGUGGAGAAGUUUGCAUCAAGGACACAGUGUGGGUGACAGGCUCGACACACCUGCAGCUCUGAUCCUGAUUUUUUUUGGGGGGGGAAGUGUCAUCAUAACUAUUUUUAGAAGCGCAAAAGCAGACAAAUUAAAUGCAUGCAUGCCUCCUCUAAUUUGGGAAAGGGAUGUAGUUCUCUGGUGAUAGAAGAUCCCAGAUUUAAUCCUCAGCAUCCCCAGGUAGUUUAGGGCUGGAAACAUUCUUCCUGGAAAUCCUUGGAGAGGGAGCUGAGGUAGAUGGACCAAAGAUCCGACUUGCUAUAAGGCAACAAGUUCCUGUGUUGAUCUGAGAUGGGUCUGAAUAAUUGUUUUCAAAGAAGGUCACCUGCUGUGAAUUCACUCUUGUGUCCAUUGUCACUGGGAGGAAGCCUGUCCUUGCAGAGAUGCAGCAGGUGACGACUCCUUCCGGGGUCAAAUUAUGCUUAGCAGGUCUGUCUGCAGCUGGCUCAUUCAACGACUCCUGGUAGAGAGAGGCUGUCGGAGCCAGCCGUUACAAAUGGCGCAGUUUAGCAUAAAAUAAAGACACAGAGAGCCAGCAUUAUUUUCAGGAUGGUAUGAGCAGCUCCUUUCGAACUUCCCUCUCCUCCUGCAGCUUUUUUAUUAUCCUUUUUCUUUCUCCAGCCGCAUGGCCGUUUGCCAAUGUCUCACGUUACUUCAUCCGGUCAAGGCUUUUAUUGCCCCCAUCACCAUAUAGGGUCAUCACUGCCCAGAGGAAACACAACUCCAAUUAAGGUCAAUACAUUCCAAUACAUUGUAAAGCUCAGAGUGCUGGUCAGCCGAGGUCAGGGGGCACCCUGCAAUAUUACAAGCCUUUGCCGUGGCUUUAUGACUCCCACAAGAGGCAACUGUUACACAGCAGCAUACUGGAGCCUCAUAGGGGCCCAUGCUUAAAUUCAUGUUCUGUGCCCCGGCCAAAGUUUUGGAAUGACUGCUUUACAGGUUGCCAUAGAGCAGGUGAUCUGUCCAUGGUGCUGGAGAAACAUUUUUGUAUACCGUGUGUGUGCGCGCGCAUGCACAUCUGACUCUAAGCGCUUUUAUUUUUCCCCCAUAGAGCAGGUCUUGUUGACUUGCCAUUCUCUCUUCCCAACCCAAAUUGUGAAAGGUCCGGAUCUAGGAGUUCAUUAACGCCUUUGUUUCCUGCUUCUCUGCCCCACAGUCACACCCCCUCCCCCACAGCCAGUUGCCUCCAGCCCGGCAGUUUCCACCAGCCUAGUGACUGACCUGGAGGGGCUCACCCUGACUGACACUUCUCUAGCGGCUGCUGUAAGUGAUCUGAGUUUAUUUAUAUAUCUCUCUCAAUUUAUCUGUCUACCUUUUUAGAUCUUCUCUUUCCUCCAAGAAGCUCACAGAAUGCGCAAUUCUUUCCUCCAUCUGUUUGACAACAACCCUGUGAGGUAGAUUUGGCCUACAGCGUGUGAUUGGCCUAGGCCCUAGGCCAUCCAGUGAGCAUCACAGUUCAGUGGGACAUAGCACUAACAUAAUGCUACAUGAAUGUUCCAGCAGCUCUCCCUCUCCUUCCCCACUCCCAACAACCCUCUAAAUAUCUUCCAGGUGUCCUCCCAACGCUUUGGAGCAGAUUUGGAGUGUGUGUAGGGAGAACAUAAGGGGAGGAAAGUGAGGGACACUGUUGCGCAAGUGGAAAUCCUUGCACUGAUGGGAUGAGUUAGUUAGGACCUUAAAUGAGCCUUUUAGGGUGCAGGACCUGAUAAUUAUGUGGCUGGGGAAAGCUAGAGGCCUGUGAUACAUUUCCUUAGUUGUCUUUGUCAGGAAAAUAAGUCUCCCAAGGUGUGCUGCCCAAGAUCUGAAGUGGCUAGUAUAAACUAUAUGGGAAUUUUAUAGCUCACUAAUAAGAGUGCACAUUUUGUAAACAGAAGGACCUGGGUUCAAUAUUUGGCAUCUCCCAACUGGGCUAGGAAAGUCUCUGGGCUGGGAAACCACUGCCAGUUAGCGUAGAUAAAUGCUGAACUAGAUGGGCCAAUGAUAUGGCUCAGUAUACGGCAGCUCCUUGUGGUCCUGUGCAAGACACAUGACUGGCCACGGCUGGGCUGGGCUCUGGCAGCUGCCAUGCUGCCUUCUAGUAAGAACUGCACAGGAUGUUCCCAGCUUUUGAUUUCUAACUUUAUACAUUUUAUUAUACAUUUAUACAAAGAAGAAAGUAGCAUUCAAACAAAAAAAUAAAAACAGAAUGUAGGAAAGGGGGAAUUUGAUGUUUUGACCAUAUAAACUAGAAAUACCAAUAUAUACUAGAUGGCCAAUUGUGAUGCAUAAAUUUCAAGAAAGGCUGACCAAAUGCUUCUUGUAUUUCUGUUAAUUGUGCUUAUGUUGAUAUGGUGCCACUUCAGAUAAGGAGAGGGAGUGCAAAUCAUUAACCCAUUCUUGUAUGGAAGGCGACUUUUCCAUCCAGAUUAGAAGCUGUUAAAAUACCUGUUUCUUUCCUAAGUGGAUUUAGGAAGGCGCAUCUUGUUCCUUCCUGGGCUUCCUCCUUCCAUCCUGCCUCUCCUCAUUGCACUUUAGCCUGCCUGAAUCUCCCCAUUUCUUCCUUCCUUCCUCUCCUGCUUUGCAGAUGAUCAGUCCUGUGUUUGGUGGUGUGAAGACGUAUGAGCUGCUGCAUCGCAUGACAGGAGAGGGGCUGUCUGUCGAGUAUUACUUCAGCCGACAGCCUUUCACCCCUGAUUCCCGCAUGGUGGCUGUGCAGAUCCAGAUCUCCAAUAACACCGCUGCUGAGGUGAAGAACAUCCGUGUGAAUGAGCCCAAGCUACUCUCAGGCAUGCGUGUCCAGGAGUUCAAGGAGAUCGGUAGGAUCUAUGUGAGCAUGGGUACAUGCAUGCGCUUGGGAUUCAGCAGGCAGCCAUGCUUUUUGCUGGCUCCUUCUGGGGUAGUCAGUUGGGUUUGAGAAUGUUACCUACCCCCUAGCAAGCCUAGCUGAUACUUAUUUAUAUAUUUUAUUCCAUUUAUAUCCUACCUAUUCUCCAGGGAAGGGACGCGGGUGGCUCUGUGGUCUAAACCACAGAGCCUAGGACUUGCCAAUCAGAAGGUCGCGGUUCGAAUCCCCGUGACGGGGUGAGCUCCUGUUGCUCAGUCCCUGCUCCUGCCAACCUAGCAGUUCAAAAGCAUGUCAAAGUGCAAAUAGAUAAAUAGGUACCACUCCGGCGGGAAGGUAAAUGGCAUUUCCGUGGGCCAUUUCCCUUUUAUGCUAGCCUCUGGGCCAUUUGGAACAGCAACAUUGGCACUGUUUCUAAAGUUCAGGUCCGAGUGCUGUCACACCAGAGGGAAAUAUCUGCAGACUUGCAGGAAACCAGAAGUUUUCAGAAGUGCAACCCUAUCCCCCCAAACCCACUAGGGGGCUGAUCCUCAAAAAUCAGCCUAGUGAUGACUCAGUGCAUUCAGUAGCCAUAGAAAGCAUUGACUGACAUUCGGGUGGAAAUGGGGUUUGGAAUGGAGUGCCCAGACUUUUUGUCGCAGGUCCAACAUGUAUUGCGUAAUGAUACUGGAGGGGUUGUUGAACCCACCCUAAGGUACUUUGGAGCCUCCUGGUGCAAGGGGCGAGAUGGGGGCAACCCUAACAUCUCACUUGGGUCCUUUUCUCCUGCGCUUGCAGAGUCUUUGGCACCUGGUGAAACAGUCAGUGUUGCUAUGGGCAUAGACUUUUGUGACUCGACCCAGGCAGCCAGCUUCCAGCUCUGGUGAGUACCUCUUCUCCUUCAUUUUGUGCAAAGCAAUGGCUGUGUUCUCAGCAAUGAGCAGACCAAAGUAUCUCCACCAUAACAGAAUAGCAGAAGCUCUGCUCUGCUCUCAAGAGUACAAUAACUCCAUAUACAGCAAUAUUUUGCCAUUCUCUCUGCUAGCUUCAUAUCUACCUUGCCCUUGCUACCUCACUACUUUCUGUGCUACAAGCCGAAUGUUGCUGCUACUAAAUAAUAAUAAUAUUUAUACUUCUACUUGUUUGUUUGUUUGCAGCAGGUGGGGGUGUAUGAGAGAGCUCUCUGCAGGUCACCUUAGUCAAUGGUCUGCAUGUCAUGAAUUCUACUCAUAUUGAUCCAGAGCAGAUUCCAACAUAUAGUUAGCAGAGUAAAAACUUAAACACGUUGCAAGAUUCCCCCAAAAUAGACCAGAGGCAAUUAAUACUUCAUCCAGCAGAGCUUUACUACUACUGAAGGCAAAUGAGCAUAAUGGUCACAAAUUCAAUACAUUCAGGAUUGGCACUGGCCAUAAGAAAUCCAGUUGCAGUAGACUUAACUUAAACUUGCAAUAACUUACAAUAAGAUUAAAACCCUAACACUAAGCAUACUAUAUACAGAACACCACACAAGAAGGAAAGAGAGAUAGAAAAUGAAACCCUGGCUCCUUCUGGCCCUACUCUUAUGUUCAGCAUGACCUUGACAGAAAGAGUUAACAGAACCAGUUUAAGCCAGCUGUACUCAGCUUCUCUGAAGGAAUAACCUAAACAUCAUGCACCUGCAGCUUGUCUCUAGGCAGAAUAGAAACUUACGUUUCAGCUAGAAACUUCCAGCUUGCACCAGUUUCUUUCACACAGAGAAGCUUCCAGAACCCUCUUGAAUUACUUCCAAUAGGAAAGAUUUCUACACAUCAGAUCAAUACUUUCCAUACCAAGAAAUGCAAACUGACACUGUGAUAUGCUGUGGUUUUACUUUCUUGAAAUAUAUAUAUAUAUAUAUAUAUAUAUAUAUAUAUAUGCAGAUUAGAAAGAGGCCUGCAAAAACAGAUAACGUAUCUGUUAUCUGCUUCUUAUAGAGUGGGAGGGAGACUGACUCAUGCAAAUACAAAGAGGCAAUGAGUCCCACAUUUAAGGAGCUGCCACCAAAAAUGGAUAGAUGUGUGAGACCACAGACACAACAUUUUGGUUUAAGUUAGAGAUUGCUAUGCAGAGCAAUAAAAGAGCAAUUUGAAGUUAAAAAAAGAUAAAUAGGGGAACAAAAUACAAGUGUUUGAAAGUAAGAUUUUAAAACAAUUUCAGGAAGACAGAGGAAGACAAUUCAAGGACAGAAGACUGGGAACAUGGCCAUAUCAGUGGAAACUGGUGGCUGCUGAGACUGGAGUGGGUUGCACCCAACAAAGUCCAACUCAGAGUAGACCCAUUUGAAUUAAUGGGCCGAGUUUAGACGUGUCCAUUACUUUAAAUGGGUCUACUCUGAAUAGGUCUAAUACUGGAUAGAAUCCAAUGACAGACAAAGCCAGUUAAUUCUGAGUUUUGCCCUCCCUCCUCUUCCCUGCCAUGGUCUACAAGAGCAACAUUGAGACUAAGGAAGGAGCUGACAGGCAGUGCACACCUGUUGGACUGGUUGCAAGUAAAAAGGCAGGCAGAUGGGGGGUGGCUGAGGUUAGUAGGCCAGUGCCCCAUUUGCCCUAAAGGCCAUCCUUAUGAGUAGGAAGGGACGUGGGUGGCGCUGUGGGUUAAACCACAGAGCCUAGGACUUGCCGAUCAGAAGGUCAGCGAUUCGAAUCCCCGCAACGGGGUGAGCUUCCGUUGCUCAGUCCCUGCUCCUGCCAACCUAGCAGUUCAAAAGCAGGUCAAAGUGCAAGUAGAUAAAUAGGUACCACUCCGGCGGGAAGGUAAACAGCGUUUCCGUGCGUUGCUCUUGUUAGCCAGAAGCAACUUAGUCAUGCUGGCCACAUGACCCGGAAGCUGUACGCCGGCUCGUUCGGCCAAUAAAGCGAGAUGAGUGCUGUAACCCCAGAGUUGGCCACGACUGGACCUAAUGGUCAGAGGUCCCUUUACUUUUUAUGAGUAGGAAAGGUAAGAUAACUAGUCGAGGGUAUAAUAGCUGCAGGAUAGAUUAUAGUGGUCUUAAGGAACUGUCCUGUUGUUCUUGGUGAAGCCAAGCGUCUCCCUUUGUGUUAGCUCAUCUUGCGCGGUCUCUUUCUGUUUCCAGCACACACACACGCCAGUUCUAUGUGUCCAUCCAGCCCCCGGUGGGGGAGCUGAUGGCUCCUGUCUUCAUGAGCGAGAAUGAAUUCAAAAAGGAGCAAGGUAAGUGUUAUUUCUCCCCCCCCCCGCCCCGUCCCCAAACCAGCUGUAAAAGGAAGCAGGGCAGAUUCUUGACAGCAAGCUCCAAACCCAUAGCUUGGUAAUGAAGACAGGAUUGCACAGCCCUCUUCUCUGUUGGCCCAUUCUGCCCUGGAAGAGAAGCGAGAUCAUACUAGGCAGGGGAGAAUUGCCCUCAGCCAUCCGGGCUUCCCUCCCCUCCCCUCCCCUGAGCCCUCACCCCACUGCCUUGCCCUAGUAUAGCCAUCUGUGGGGCGCUUUCCCCCUACAAAAAGGCUACCAGACUCAAAAUCCUCAUGGCUGUUUUCCUGCUACAUCAAGGAUGCGAUCUUAUUCACAUGUUCCUGGGAGUAAGGCCCAGUGGGCAUAGCGGGCCUUACUUCCAAGUGAACAUAUAUAGGAUUGUGCUGCAUUUUGCAUGCAGACCAUGCUUCUCUUUUUGUGGGUGUGAGUGAGUUUCCCCACUCCUGUGAUUUCCAAUGAUUUUUUGCUCCGGGUGUAACUGGCCAGCGAGAGAGAAAUGGGAGAGAGACCCACAUGGGGAGGGCGUUCUUGGCGCCGCCCCCAUUCAAGAGCCGCCAUCACCCUCUCGGGCUGGCCGUGGCUAUGGGGGGAGCACUUUUGGUUGGGGGCCGUGUUGGCAGCUGACGCUAAUCAUGUGUUUUGUUCUCCUCCGCUGCCUUGUGCAUUCUUGCUUCUUCUUUUUCUUUAGAGCAACUGUUAAGGAUGGGUGUGGGUAAGUCCCAGCACAGGUAGCUACUUCCUGUGGAUGCUGCAGCUGCUGUCUGCUCCUUGUAGCCGUAGUGCUAGCGCUGCUUCCACUGGGUAGUUUCUCUCCUUUUCUAGCCGUAGUAAUAGCACUGCUUCUACCCUGGGGACUCUUCCCAACCCACUAGCUGCAGAGCCUUUAAUUAGCACUGCUUUCACCGCAGACACACACAUCCUUCUCCUAACCUUAGCCUGGUGCAACUUGCACUGUAGACACACCCUAUUUCUCCUGCUACUUUCCCGAUCCCUUGCCCCUUUUCUCCAUGCCCCAACCUACCAAAUAGGUCGCAAACAGGGUAAUAGAGGUCAGGAGGAUGUAACCUUUCUAGCCUGCUUGUGCAAUAAAGGAUUUCCCGGCAGGCUCUUUGGCACCCCAGCAAGUAAGAAUUGUCUCCAUGUAACUAGUGCAGUGGACGCUUGGGUUGCGAACGUGAUCCGUGCGGGAUGCACGUUCGCAACCCGCAGCUGUGCAUCUGCGCACGCGUGGGUUGUGAUUUGGCGCUUCUGUGCAUGCGCGACCGCCGAAACCCAGAAGUAACCCGUUCCGGUACUUCCGGGUUUCGGCGGUCCAUAACCCAAAAAAACGCAACCUGAAGCAUCUGUAACCCGAGGUAUGACUGUAUAGAGAAGUUGUUUGAAGGGAGUAGCUGUUGGGUCUCCCCACCCCAGCCUAUUACAGAUGUCAAUACACAUGGGGAAACAUUUAGGAAAGACUUCACCAACCUAGUGCCUUCUAGAGGUUGUUGGACUAUAACGCCCAUCAGUCCCCUGGGGUUGAUGGGAGUUGUAGUCCAACAACCUCUAGAAGGCACCAGGUUGAUGAAGGCUAAUUUAGGAGGCUAGCAACUCUUUCUCGGUAGUGGCGCUCACCCUGUGGAAUGCCCUCCCAUCAGAUGUCAAAUAAAUAAACAACUAUCUGACUUCUAGAAGACAUCUGAAGGCAGCCCUGGUUAGGGAAGCUUUUUAAUAUUUGAUGUUUUAAUAUUCUGUUGGGAGCCACCCAGAGUGGCUGGGGAAACCCAGCCAGAUGGGCAGGAUAUAAAUAAUAAUAAUUAUUAUUAUUAUUUAUUAUUUCAAAAACUUUAUUUUCAACUUUGCAAGGAUGAUUACAAUUUCUACACCAUAUCAAAUUUUAAGCUACUGCCCAGAUGUUGCAUGUCAGCUGUACAUUGACAAUACACACAGCAAUAGGACAGUAAAGUUAGCAGUUAUUAAUUAAUAUUGAUUAGCUAAUUUUUCUUAUGGUUUGGUGUAACCUAUGAAGGCGUACCAGACACCAGACUGUGUGACUAUUUUUAAGCUUUGCUUACUGAGCUCCACAGGAGUUUAUGAGAUUUAUGAGAUUUAUGAGACUCCAACAGAAGAUGGAUGACAUAUUGGCCCAGGGCUAAGUUUCCAAGUAUUGACCCAAAAGCAAGGGGUGUUCUUGGGUCUUUAAUAACUUUGUUGGGAGGACCCAAAGGAUCUGGCUCUUGAUCCAAGUUGGGCAGAAGUAAGGUGAAUUCCAGUGCAGCAGACAAGGAUAAAGGGGGCUAAAGCUGUAGUCUCCCAUCACCCCUGACCACUAGCCAUGCUAGCUAGAGCUGAAUAGAGUUGGACUUAAGGGCCACAGAUUCUUGGCCUUGGGCUAGAGGAAGCUGCAUCAUCAAAACUGGACAGGGGCCAAGAUCCAAAAAGCACAGGCACUCCCACACAGUUGUCCUUGCAUCAGAGGCAUGUUGUUCUGAUUUAGGAGCAAGCGCAGAGGCUAAGAAUAUCUAGGCCCUGGCAGACAGGGAAUGGCUUUUGGGCAUCAGCUGACAGAACACACAGGCUAGCUGUUCUGCAACCUAUGGAGCAUCCUCAGAACUCAAUGUGCUAGGCUCUCAGUGAAAGGUUUUGGCAUUGAAGCUUUGGUAAGGACACCAAUGCCCACAAGGUUCUUUCCUUCUGAUGGGCCACUAGGUUUUCUGCCUCUGCAGUAGAGUUGCAUGUACUUUUGCAUGCUGCUCCCCAGCCGUGAGAGAGACCAGCAGAGGGGUGGAGCUGCUCCUGAGCCCUUUCUGUACCUUCCCCUCCGCCUUCCCUUCUUCUUUUACCUUGGCAGGGCACCUGGCAUCCCGUCUGCUGACGAAACUCCCUGCAUGGUCCAGCAAGCCUUUUUGGCAUGUUAACGCCCGGCACCUAGGCACCACUGCCUCUAAUAACACUCCAAGCUGCACACCACUUUCUGCAAGCAGCGGGGCUUUCCGGGACAAUUAACCCAAAGCCUCCUUGCUUGGAAUGGCUGUUCGUAAGAACGCUAGGAAUAUAAUCCUGUAGGGUGGGGGGAUGCUUUUGCUUUAUGAGGGUCCCUUCCUGAAGAUUAAAAAACACACAAAAAUACACCUAUACCCUCCCUUGGACACAUAGUACACUUCCGUUUGGAAACUCUUGGCUGAUAUAGAUAUUACAACAUACAUCAAUCUUAUGUCUUCUUUUCAGAUAGCCCCCAUCAGUACCUCUUGUUCAGCUAAGCUACAAUGGGGACUCAUUUAGAUCCUGGAUAGAACGGGGUAGGGUGUGUCAAACUAGAAUUGCCCUGAACUCUGGAUCUUGUAAGGAUGUGCCCUUUGCAGUUCUCUCUGCAGCAAUCAGAAGCUCUUAAGUCUGUCCCGCAAGCCUGUAAGAUGUGUUGGCAAAUAAAUAAAAUAAAUAGGAAUCGCUAUUCACAGUGGAGUGUAACCACCCAAUUGUAUUGCAAAACCAAAGGUCAGUUUGAUAUUCAUCAGAAUCAACUUGCGAAUCUUUUCCCGACAAGUAUCACGUAGGGCUGCAGGUGUUGCAUUACAUAUUUCAAUGUUCAGGCAUAUUUAAAACCAAACCAAAAAAACCCCACCCUGCCUGUAGAAAACUAGAAUGGCAGGGAGAACAGUUUAGCCUAGCUUUCUGCUUGACAUUCUCUCUUUUUUUUCCUAUGGAAACUUUUGAUCAUGCAACAUACUCCUCCCACAUUUGCAGUCUGAAGUGAUUCAGUCCAUGAAGUCUUUCCACUUGGCUCUGCCUUGGAAGCCUGCAUUCAAAUCCUAGAUUUAGGGUUUUGAAUGCAGAUCUGGUUCUAACCGUGGUCAGUGAACCAUCUGUAGCGUAGACAACAAUAAUCCUAAUCCAAUAAGAAGUAAGGGAUUGAAUGUGGACAGGUUUAGGCAAAAUAUUCAGGAUCAGGGCCAUCCUUAUUAAGCAAGUGCAGAUGGCUAUGUACACUGGGAAGGAACAACACAACAAAUAGUGCUGCCGCUGUUCUUGAAGGCCUCUAACACUGCUGCCUCUAACACAUUAUUAUUUUAAUAGAUACUCUGCAUGCAUCCAAAAUGGCAAUUGUAUGUAAACAUUUAUUCACUGCAAAUAUUUUAUAUGCUGCUUUUCUGUUUAAAUAUGCUUCCAAAGUAGCUCCACACACCCCACCAAAAAAGCUAAAGCUUGAAAACUAAUUUUGCUUUAGUUUUGUAAUAAAAUGCUAGUAUACUCAGGGAGAUGGGAGGAAGGAGACACAGCAGCAUUUGGGGGCCCCACCUCCCCGCAGCAGCAGCAAAGUGGGAAACAGUUUAUAAGGUCACUGGUUGUAUCCACUAUCAGAUGGCAACCUUUGGGGCUGAGAUUUAUCUAUUUAUUUAUAAGACGUUUCUAGCCUUCCCAUCACCAUAUGAUCCCGGUGUGGACUGUGAUACAAUAAAAUGGUAAAGCAGCAUUAUGAUAAAGCCACUUUAACGCAGCUUCUAAAUUAUUGUUAUUGUUGUUAAUUAAAUUUGUGUACCACCCUAUACCCGCAGGUCUCAGGGCAGUUCACAAAAGCCAGAUACAAAUAGAGCAUAGUCCUAUAGUACUCAGCGUUCCGGGUCUUGGGUCUUCUCACUUGCAGUAGGAAAAAAAAUCCAUUACCCCCUGGGCAGUGUUGGCCAAACUUGGCCGUCCAGCUGUUUUGGGACUACAAUUCCCAUCAUCCCUGACCACCGGUCCUGCUAGCUAGGGAUGAUGGGAGUUGUAGUCCAAAAACACCUGGAGACCAAGUUUGGCCAACACUGCCCGAAGGGAACAGAUGAGUUUUCACCAAGCACCAAAACACCAAAAGUGUCAGCACCAAUUGUGCCUCUAGGCCAGGGUUAAAGAACCUAUGGCCCUCUGUACAGCGCUUUGCAAGUGGCAUCGAUCAGCUGCUCAUCCACAUGGGCAAACACAGGACACCUGUUAUCAUUGUGAUAUCAGGAGCUUGACAAGUGGAUCACUCCACCCACCUGUCAGACUCGGACUGCAAGGGGUAGGGGAGAUAAAAAUCUGGUCCACUGGUCAGAUCCAGUUCCCCACCCCUACUCUAGGCAGUGGGCAAUCCACUGGCAGAGCACCAACAUAGAGAAGACCCCUAUCUCAAAGGUUGACCAUGUGGUGCCUCCAGGUGUUCUUGGAUUCCCAACUCCCAUCAGCCUCAGCCAGCACAGCCAGUGGUCAGGGCUGAUGGGAGUUGUAGUCCAACAACAUCUGGAGGACGCCAUGUUGGCUUCCCCUACCCUAUUCCAUAUCUCCAUAUAAUGCCCUUCUCUAGGUGGUGGAAAGACAAGAAGGGCAUCUCCUCUAGACCUAAGAACAUGGGCAGGCUACAACAGGAAAAUUUGUACCCUUCAGAUAUUUGCAUUAGCUACUGAGAUUGCAUUAGUCACUGUGGGCUGAUGCCUUUGUCCUUAGAGGCACGGGUAGGGUAUCCUAUAGGGUGGAGUUGCCCAGAGGAAAAAAUUGAAUAGUUUGAGACAUUUGACCUGCAGAUCUCAAGGACAGAAGCAGACAUUGGGUGGCAAAAUUCAAAUCCUUCAGUUGACAAUAUCAAAUGUUUUUAGGGCAUGGGAAUUCCAGAGUUGCAUAUGCAACCUGAAGUGGGAGCUGACGGGAAGCUACGCAUAGCAUAGAUCUCCCAUUCUAGAUUGGGUUGUAUCCUAGACAGCCAGGGAAACCUGGACCCUUUCCUCCCAAGUCAUACGCUGCCAUUUGAUGAAUUUGUCUCCACCCAGAUGUCUACUGUUCUUUUUUUUUCCUUUUCUACCUUCUGUCCUCCAGGGAAGCUAACAGGGAUGAGUGAAAUCACAGAGAAGUUGACUCUACCUGACAAAUGCCAGAGUGACCACGUGAUUGUGCAACAGGUGACAUCUGCAGCCAACGUUAGCCGUGUGCCUUGUGGCUCAGACAAGGAGUAUAGGUGAGGAGAUGGCUAAGAUCAAUGUUGUCUCUGCUGCUUCUAAAUAGUGAGGGUUGUGGCCUGCCAGAGGUUGCUGAACUACAACUCCCAUCAUCCCUCACCAUUGGCCAUGAUGGCUGGGGCUGAUGGGAAUUGUAGUCCAACAAACACAUGGUGGGCCUCCAGUUUUCCAUCCCUGUCCUAACCCUAUAUUUGCUUUCUUGGGUCACUUCCAAUCCCCAUCUGGAUGUCUGACAACUUCUGUUACUGGUUCUGUUCUCAAAUAUUUACCCUUGAUGCCCACAAAUUUGCAGCUGUAGUUCCAGACUUUGAUGGAACAAAGGAAAUGUUGAAGCUACAUGAAACCAGGAUACCACACAUUACAGCUGGGGCAAUUAAAUUACUGUCUACCUAGUGUUGCGCAAAUCUCCCCGAAUAGUAACAUUUCAGAGCCUCACAGGUCUGAUAUUUUGCAACAUCAGCAUUCAAUUUUUUCUGAAUUUUGGAUCUAGCAGCCUUUAGUAUAAGAAUAUCUAGGGCACUUAAAGUCUAGGCAGCUGGUUGCCCUUGAGACAGGAUGUGGAUUGAUCUUCACUUCCUAGGAACACCACCCUCUCUUUAGUCUCUUAGCAUUUCGUACCUCUCUAGGGACUGUAAUCUCUAUUGUCCUAGCAUUUUCUGCAUAGACAAAAAUCUAGACUCAUUACUCAGGUUUCAAACCACUUUUAUGUGCUAUUCUUUUGGGGGCUUCUUCUUAGUGGAAACCAAAGGCCAAACUACAGAAAGGCUUGGCGGAUCUUAUGAUGUCUUCUUUUUGGGAAAUGUUCUUUAGGUAUAAACAGCCCAAUAAAAAUGCAAACAUGCUGAGGAUGUGAGGGAGGGAUUAUUAUUAAUAAUAAUUUCAUUUCUAUAUGGCUUUAUAUUUUUAAGAAAAAAAUAUCAAAGCAGUUUAAAGGUAAAGGUAAAGGACCCCUGACAGUUAAGUCCAGUUGCAGAUGACUCUGGGGUUGCGGCGCUUAUCUCGCUUUACUGGCUGAGGGAGCCGACAUUUGUCUACAGACAGUUUUUCCGGGUCAUGCGGCCAGCAUGACUAAGCCACUUCUGGCGAAAUGGAAACGCAGUUUACCUUCCCGCCGGAGCAGUGCCUAUUUUAUCUACUUGCACUUUUUGGCGUGCUUUUGAACUGCUAGGUUGGCAGGAGCUGGGACUGAACAACGGGAGCUCACCCCGUAGCGGGGUUUCGAACUGCCGACUUUCCGAUUGGCAAGCCCAAGAGGCUCAGUUUACAACACAUUAAAACAUUGAAUAAAAAAUGAAGAAUAAAACAUUGCUGAAGAAAACCAAUAUAAAGCAUACAUUCAAAGCAACAUAAUUAACAGGAAACUAAAAUAUUAACUUAAAGAUUUCAAAAUAGUACAUUACAAAGAAAGUCAGCUACAGAAUACACAUUUAACACAGCAGAGUUAAGUGGGCGCGGGAAUGAAAACAUUGCUAAAGCAAGUUAAAUAUAAAAUGCACAUUUAAAGGUAAAGGGACCCCUGACCAUUAGGUCCAGUCGCGGACGACUCUGGGGUUGCAGCGCUCAUCUCGCUUUAUUGGCCGAGGGAGCCGGCGUACAGCUUCUGGGUCAUGUGGCCAGCAUGACGAAGCCGCUUCUGGCGAAACCAGAGCAGUGCAUGGAAACGCCGUUUACCUUCCCGCCGGAGCGGUACCUAUUUAUCUACUUGCACUUUUGUGCCUUCGAACUGCUAGGUUGGCAGGAACAGGGACCGAACAACGGGAGCUCACCCUGCCAUGGGGAUUCGAACCGCCGACCUUCUGAUCAGCAAGUCCUAGGCUCUGUGGUUUAACCCACAGCGCCACAACAGCACAAUUAACAAAAGAAUCUAGCUGCUGCCAAUCCUACCAAUGGUGGUUCAGGGUGGGUGGCACCUAUGAAAACUCAGGCUCAGCGACCUACAUCUGCACUAAAAGACAGCUGAGAUGGUCUGUGACCACUUCAGCAGCCUCAGGUUUUUUUGUACCUGGAAUCAAUCAGGGCACCUCCUUCCCAAGUCAGGUGGAGAAAGGCCUGCAAGGCAGGGAGCAGGUCUUCCAGGACUCACAGUGGGGAAUUGAACUUGCCUUCCCUAACCUGGUGCCCUGCAGUUGUUUUGAACUACUACCCCCAUCCCAUGCUGGCUGGGGCUGAUAGGAGUUGCAGUCCAGAGCAUCUACAUGGCACUAGGCUGGGGAAAUUUCACUAACUUGGGGUUUCCCAAACCUGUAGCUAUUUUUGGACCACAGCUCCCAUCAUGCCUGGCCGGCAGCACCAGUGGUCAGGGGUGAUGGGAAUUGUAGUCCCAAAACAGCUAGAGACCCAAGUUUGAGAAACACUGUUCUGACUACUGCACCAUACUAAACCUUGUGACGUGCAGUCACCUUCUUGUUGGGUUGUUUCCCUCUGAACAGGUUCGCCGCCAAGACGGUCAGCAGUGGAAGUCUCAUCCUCAUCAUGCUGGAGAAGAAGGCGGGCAGCGUGGCACAGCUCACUAUCAACAGCGAGAAGAUGUUGAUUAGCACCAUGCUAGUAAAGGACAUUAUCCACUCCUUGACGCAGUGACCAGAAUGCUUCCUUCUCUCAUCAUCACACCCACUUCAGUCAUCCAGCUGUCCUUCCUUCCUGGGCUCAGCCAUCUGUCUCCCUCCACCCAGCUUGUUGUGUGUCUCCCUGUCCCUAUGUAAAAUACAGGUCAAAGCUGAUAAGGCAAUGGGAAACAAUCCAUGGUAGAAAAUAAGGUGCAGCCUCUGAUGUGGAUAAGAGACAUUAUUAGCUCAGCAACAAAUUAGGGAAGCCUUUUGCAACCUGGUGUGCACUAGAGUUUUUGGAGUACAACUGGAGGGCACCAGGUUACAAAAGGCUCAAACUGGGGUUGUUGGGAUGCUGAAGAUGCCCUGUGACUCUGCCAUCCUUGUUGUGCAGUGAGUCUCCUCCCCGUUUUUCUGUUCUAUGGCUCUAUUUAUUAUGGGCAGAGAUCGUUCAAUAAAAAUUAUUCCUGGAAUUGCAAA